CAGAAUCCUUUAGCCAAAAUGGCAGCCCCCAGCUAAUAGUGCCGCACGUGUGUAUAUGUGUCUCUUUUUUUGGAAAAUCGAGCGGACUUAAAGUAGCUACUUUUAAAAUAUUCAAUCUCCAUCAUUCAGAAGGUAGUUUGUUGCUAAUUCACGGAGGCAUGAAGACCAAAUCGUCCUCUCACAAGUCCGAGAACACGCACAGGGUAAGAUAAGGGACGGUGGGGUGGAUCAGAAACCUGGACCUUUUAAGAACUCGGCUUAGCGCUUCGGUUCGUCGAGCUGGCGAAAUAGUAUAUUUGAUAUUCAGUUACACAUCACUCUAAAAAGCCAUUGGAGCAGAGUGGUACAGAAGCAAAAGAAGUUGGAGAGCAGCGCAACUUUUUUGCUUUCCUGUACAAGUUUUGGAAAUCUGUAGUUACUGCAAGCAAACAAACAGCACCACACAAAAAACCUUGCUUAUGCCCUGGGCAGUCCAAAAUAGUAACUGUGUGUAGCAUUUGCCACUCAUCUGCUAACAAAACAGCAGGAAAACAAUCAGUGUUCUUAAAAUAUUCUGCUUGGCUCUGAAACCUUACCUUGUCCUACUAUGUAGUUUUGUGAAGUGCUGCAAGUUUUUCAACUUAUUUGUGGUGUGUCUCUUGUGCUUCUAGCACUGCAAAUUGCAGAUAAUUCUUAACUAUGAAUAUGGAAGAUCCUGCAACAGUACAGAAGAUUAGACAACAUUUUCUGAUUUCAAAUAAGCUGUCAGUCCCAUUUGAGUCUGAUGUCAUUCAAUUCUAUGGGCAGUACCAUGUGACUAUGUAUGAAAUAUCAUUAGAAGGGACAGCCAUAUAAAAUCUUACUCUUUGGCAACUUCUUGUCAGCUUGAUGUCUCAAAGAUAACUGGAAAAAACCCCAAGAAACUCCUGUUUGUUUAUUACUUUUUUUUUUACAGUUUCUCACCUUCUCAGAACGCUUAAGCAAUGUAAAUAUUGACAUUAUUCAUCGCAUUGACAGAACAGGGAGCUAUGCUGAGGUAAGAUUAAUGUAGUUGUUUUUCAUCUGUCUAGGUGUUAUCUUAUUCAGUGUUGGAUGUGGGUGUUGAGGUGCUGGGAGCUCAGUUACAGGAUGGUGCCUAGUUCUGAGCCACGGUAGGGUCACCUGACAUGGGAUGAAGAGGGUGGUAGACAUUGUACAUCCUCGCAUCCCUUUGAUCUAGUUACCUGCACUGGGGUGGCUAAUUAAUUAGCUACAGUGCUAAUUUACUGCAGAUCCUUUGAAUUCAAUAAAGUUGUGACCCUUUAAAAAAAGAUAGAGAGCUUCCUGCUGGGAGCAGCAUACUCGGAACUGAAACAGGUAGUCAUUGAUAGAAUAUGUGCCUGAUGUGUUGUGUUUACAAUUACCAUCACUGGUUAUAUCUGAACUUGUAGCAAUCAAUACAGGGACUGCCACAGCUGAGUUCUGGCUUAAAUAUCUCCACUAUAUCAGUUUGUUAGGCCCUGACAAAAGCAGUAUGAUUGCUCUAGAAAGCCCUUAUAGGGAAUAACAAUUAUUUUCAUUGUACAGAUGGGGAACUAUUACAGAAAGAAAUAUUGUAUACCAUCAUGCCACAUCUCAGUCUGAAACAAUCUGAAACAGCAAUUCUGAAACAGUACAUUGCAUGCAGACCCUCCCUCCCGCUUCUGGUGGUUUGGCUGCAGUUAAUGCAACACAUAUGGGGAUCAGCUUCCUUUCUCUUGCUGUUCUGUUAUGCUUGUGGUUUUUGAUCAGCUUUGUGGCCAGUCUACUGGGAGUUAGGAAUUAUGAAAUAUAUAAUAAAAUUAAUAAUGACCUUUGGUUUUUGUCAACAUUUCCUGCAAGACCAGCCCUUUGAGAUUAGGGUGUUGCUCUACCAGUGCUAUAGUAAAUAUUUUUCCUUUCAAAAUCAACAAUAAAUGUUCUGUCUUUGUAUUUGUUAACCACACUCAUAGUGUAUUGAGAGUCAUGGGAGCAAGGUCAAGGUCGUUGGGUUGUAUCCAGUGAAGUUGUUCUGUUCAUGCAAGGACUUAUGCUUGCACAGUGGAAUUUCCCCUUCCUCCUCCCUGUGUACAAAUUCAGGUGAGGAGCACAGGAAGAGGAGAGGGAGGAAAAGUUCAAUUGUGCAUUUCAGUCCUUGUGCAAAUGGGAUGACUUUGUUGGAUACAGUCCAUUUUAUGUUGCUCUUGUCUUGUCCAUAAGCCAUUUUUUUUUGUAUUGGUGGCAGCCAGGCAACCCAGUUGCUGAAACAGAUCAGCAAUAGUAUGUGAAUUUACCUAGAGUCCUGUGUAGUAGGAAAAUAAUAAAUAGCUGUUAACCUGUGUAUGUAAGUCAGAGUUACUUUUAUUUUCAAACAUGUUUUGUUUCUGGAGAUGUGAAAAGAAUGAUUCAAAAUAUGGGGAAAACUUCAACACAUACUUCAUUUUCUUUGUUCACAUUAUUUGGACUGUUUGCAGUCUGUAAUGAUAAAUAUGAAUGUGUGCUUAAAUUAGGCACAAGUUUAUACACAGAACCUUGACAUGCUGUCUUUCUGCAUGAGAGAUUGUGCAUUUAGUAUAGAGAUUAUGAAACUCAGCUGUGACUCAGGAUGGCCCUGAUUAGAAUCUUGCCUCUAUCGUCAAAUCACUAGGUGGCCUGAGAUAAGAUGCUGUCUCUCCACCUUGCCCCAUCCCAUCACCUGAAAUGGGACAGUAAUACCAAUUUACCUUACAGGGUGGUUCUGAAGAUUGCAACUAGAUAUUAUAGGUCAAGUAAGAUGAACAUUCAAAUAUAUCUUCUCUUUUGUGGGCAGCAUUCCAACAUAGGACCACCCAUUUGCAACUUCAAGUGGUGUAGUCUUACGACAGGUCUGGUUGUCCAUUUGGGGUGCUGAAUUUAUAUAUUGAGUUGUUAUUUGCACACAUCAGUUCUAAUCCAGAGAAGGUACAGAAAGUUAUCUUGUCUGUACAGCCCCUCCUCCAGCUCCACUGUUGUUGGAUCAUGGCCAUCUGAUUGUAAUAUGUGAUUACCAGCUGUAUAAGAAUAGACAUGCUUUUCACAAUUUCAUAUUUUCAAAUGUUAUAAUUGUUUCUAGGUAACAGCUCCAGUUUUGCAAACACUUGUGUAACUGUUUAAAUGAAAAAUGGAAUAAUUCAGUUGCGCUUCAUACCUCAUAAAUAUUGCACCACCCUACGAAGGCUUUUUACUUAAGCAUUCAUUCAGUAAUCAAGCCUGAACUGCUCCAUACGAAUAUAUUUUAACUAAUAUACACUCUUGAUUUUGCUAGGAGGUUGAAACAUAUUUUCACGAAGGACUCGAGAAAUGGAGGGAGCUGAACCUUACUCGCCAUUUUGGUAUAUCUUUUCUCCAAAAUAUUUUGUAUUAAUACUUCUCAUUGUGUGUUGUAUAAAAGUGUUGCCGUUUUGUUGGAAAUGUAUGUAGGGAUUAAGGGUUUGCACACAAUCUAUCAGUUAAUAUACAGUUAGUGAUAUGAAUAUAUUUUGAACAUGGAGUGCAUCAGAUGAAUAUGCUGUGCUCUUCCUGUGCUGAUUUUUGUGCAAUUUUCAGUGCUAGAAUAGAGGUGGCAGGAUGUUUUGUUGAUGUUUCCUGCUGUUUAACUUAACGUUGAUAUAAGCAGCACAAGUUCUUCAGUAGCCCAAUCCCAUCAGUGGUGCAUCAGUGCAGUAUCAUGACCUGUGGUCCACGUGGGAUGAUUAGGGGCAUUAUACCAGCAUAGGCUAGCCCUUCUACACUACACUACACUACACUUAAUAGUACAGCAUUAGCUGGAGAAGAGAGAAUGGAUCAGGCUUAGCAAUGAUGUGCUAACGUUCUUUUGGCAGUGCUGUACCCACAACACUACUGCAAUGCUGUGUACCUGACAGUGCAGCAAAAGUGAGACCCCCCUCGGCAAAAUUUUUGUGUUAGGGAAAAUUACAGGAUUUCAGUGGGAGAUCACAGGAUAUGCACAGAAUGGAAAUUAAGCUGUUUGACAGUCCCAGAAUGUUUGCAUACACAAAUAGGAUGAUCACCCCGAUAGCAUUGUAAGCAUAAACCAUUAUGCACAAUAAAAAGGCUUCCAUAUGUUUAUUUCUCUUUCUCUCUCUCUCUCCUCUUCUUCCUUCUUCUGUCACAAUGGCACUUAUCUGUUGGAUGGCCAUGCAAAUUCACCCCAAAUCCAGCACUGGGUUCUAGAUCUCAAUGAACAGUGCUAUCUAUAGUCAUUCCACUCUAUCUGCAGUUGUGGCUUUGCAUUUUCCAGUAAUGAGAGAGGAGGGGGCAGAAAGCUGCUAACGGUGUUCCUAUUCUUCACUUUUACAAAGCUUUCAUAAAAUUUCAGCAACAGUUUCUUGUUUCCAAAAUAGAUAUUUUAGUUUUCUUCCUUGUGGAACAAGUAUUUUCCAGUCAUACCUUCCAGCCAAAAGCUUUGCCACAGUUAAUCCCUUGUUUGCUCAUGAUAAUUAGAGUGUAUAUAUGUGUGUAUGUAUGAGAGAGAUGGAGAGAGAAAUUGGCGCAGAAAUCAUUUGACCUGACAAGCCACUUUUAAAGCUUCAUGCACAGUCAGUUCCUUCUUUCCCAGAAAGGUCUAACCUUUGAGCCUGUGUUUGAAUAGGCUGUUGUCACGCAAGUGAGCCAUGCUAGGAGCUGUGAGGGGGUGUCCCCAUUAUGCAUUACGGGUCUUGCAUGCUGGGAUUGUACUCAUGGGUGUAUGGUUUUUAAUCACCUGCUGGCUUUGAGCCUUCAAAGCUGGGAGCCUUGUAAUAUGAGCAAGAGCUGGAAGGCACGGGUAAUGCAUGCUGGCUGUUCUAGGGCCUAAUGCUGAUGCAGUCCACACUAACCUAGGAGUAAGUCCUGCUGAACUCAGUAGAUUAGUGUUCCUGAAACUCCAUGAAACAAAUCAUUAAGGAUUUUUUUGUUUGUUUUUUUACACAGUGACAUUCUACAGGCAGGUAGUCAACAAAUGCCAGUCUUUCAACCAGCUGGUGUACUAUCAGAAUGACAUUGUGCAGAGCUUGAAAACCCACCUGCAAGUGAAAGACAGUCUUGCUUUUCAACCUCUCUUGGAGUAAGUACCUACUGCAGUAUCUAAAAUAUAUCUUCUGAGUUUCUGUUCACGGGGAAAAGGCCAACUGUGCAUUUGUUCUUUUUAGUCCAUUGGGUAUCUUUGGGCAGUUAAUUGUUUCUCAGUCCUAGCACUAGCGGAGGAAGAGGAGUGCAGGGGGAGCACACCACCCCCGGCAGUGCGAUCCCAGUGGGGUGCCAUCACAGCUGCCCCCCCGCCCGUGCUGGGUGCCAUGCCCCCAGGAUGUGCGCCAUGCCCCCCGGUGCCAGAGCAUGGAGCUCUGCUACUGAGUCCUAGGCUCUCUUUUCCAGAGUGGGAAUGAUACUAACUAUGGCCAUCAUGUAAUGAGGUUAUGUUAGCUGUGAUGAACUUCAGGAGUACACUGGGUCAUACGAUAAACAAAUACAUUCACUUGUGAGCAGACCACGGGACAGUGAGAUUUCCCCCAGAAUUGUUUGAAAUCAUCACGGGAUGUGUGUGUUCGAAUUAUAAUGUGGCACCACUGACAUUUUCCUGCUUUAUGUAUCUCAAUACAGCUUAGUGGUGCAGCUGGCUCGCGAUCUCCAGACAGAUUUCUAUCCUCAUUUCCAAGACUUUUUUCUGUCCAUUACAAAAUUGUUGGAUACCCAGGACACAGAGCUGCUAGAAUGGACUUUCACCUGUCUUUCUUACCUUUACAAAUAUUUAUGGAGGCUGAUGGUGAAGGACAUGUCCAAUAUUUAUGGGUAAGCUUUUCAACAACAACAACAACAACAACAACAACAACAUGGCCAGUACACAAGUCUUAUUCUGCAUCAUUUGCAGAAUAAGCAAAUAAACUUCUUUAUUUGAGUUAGACUAGAAAAGCUUAAGGUCCCUUUCAGCUCUGAUUCUUAUAACCAGUGUGAUAGCUAGUGGCCCUGAUUCUGUGUGCACACAUCGGCAGCAUAUUUCUUUCCCUCUUCUAAAUUUACUGAGAAUAAAAUGAUAUAUUCAUUGGGCAGUGUGGUAAGGGAAGCAAAAAGGCCUAUCAUGUUUACUAUUGGUUUGUCUGCAAGGCUCUGUAUACAUGUUAUACCACUGAGCUAUGGCCAUGAUUAAAUCAGUAUAAAAUAUGUGUUAAUAUAUUUGCUUUGCAUCCGAUGAUGGAUUCCAGGAAGCAUUGCUGGAGAAAUGAAUUGAUCCUGCAUGGUUUUAUUUUUAUAUUUGAAUGUUGUACUUGCAGAUUGUACAGCACCUUGUUGGCUCACCAUAAAGAGCACAUCAGAAAUUUUGCAGCAGAAAGCUUCACCUUCCUGAUGAGGAAGGUAAGUGAUGUUGGGGCGGGGGCAGGAGAGUGUAAAAAGAGACGUGCCUUCUGUUCAAACCAAGUUUACCACUGCAGCUUUAAUAUUUAACAUAAUACAAAGUGUUACUAGGCACCUCUAGUUUGAAGGAAAUGACUGUCAUCCAUUUAGUUCAGUGGACCUAUGAAACUGCUUUAUAGUGGCCCAAUUUGUAUGUCACGGUAAACCAUAGGCAAUGAUUUGUCAUGGGUGCGCCUUUCUGGGCUGUGUUCUCCCUUAGUGGAAACAACAAACCAUGACUCAGCACUGCAUCCAAACCAAGGAUUGUGGUUUGCAAAACCAGUGAGUCAAUAACAAACUUUUGCUAUUGAUUGUGGGGUGCUUUUUUUAGGAAUGAAACAAACCACGAUCCCUGGUUUGACAGAAUGCUAAGCCAUUUGUCUCCUCCAUGCUAGUUAGACCAAGAGAGGAAACAAACAGACCAGUAAGGUGCAGUCGUGGUAAUGUGGCCAAUGAGUGAGACCAUCUAGCCAGUAUUGUUACCUUUAACUAGUAGCAGCUCUCUGAGGUUUUUCCUCUCUCAUGUUCCCUGACCCCCCCCCUUUUUUAAAUGGAGAUGCCAUGUAUUAAACAUGACACUAGGUAGAAGGCACUAGGUAGGUUAGAUUUUUCUGCUUGUUGUAGAACAGUGACGGUAACUGUAGUGUUCUUAGUAACUGGUGCAAUUUCCAACUACACCACAUAGCAGAAUAAUAAGAAAAAGCAAAACUUGGAGUAACUUUUCUGACAUUAGUUUACUGGUCAAAUGCUGAACCACUUCCCCUGAAGAACACAAAUGUUUGAAAUGUAUUGGGAAAUCUGAUGACCAGUUUCUAAACAAAUCCUCUUUCACCUAUCACCUUCCUGUUUUCUCUUUGAGAUAGUGCACUCCUUUACUUUAUUGUUAGGAUGCUAUUUAAGCUGGACCUUUUAGGCUGGUCAGUUAAUGGCUUUGGGCACCUCACUGGUUUAUAUUUUGUUCUGGCAAUAUGGUUGCCACUGGGGAGAUUUUUGCUCUUGGCUUGCAUUACUAGCUGCUCCUGGGUAAAAGGCUUUCCUGCAUGUUUGAACUGAUAGCAACUCUGCUGGGGAACUGGUGGUUUCCACAGCACGAUAGCCAUCAGUCUGCAAAACAUGGACAGCUCAAUGUAAAAAGAAGCUUGAUCAGUGUAACAUCAGAAGACACUCCCAAGUUCCUGAGAAGGACAGGUAAAGUAUGUAACUAAUGCAUGCUAUGGUGCUUGAAAUCUGCUUUUUUCCAUUUAGUUUAUAUACAUUGUAGCACCAAUAUAAAGCUGGGAGUGUCAGAGGUCAGAGUAAUGGCAGGGAUUUUAAUUAGCCUUUCUAAGUAGUAUGUAUGAAUUGAAAUAAAAGGGGUGCAAACUGUAAUUUUGUUUCCUAGGUUUCAGACCAAAAUGUUCUCUUAAACGUGAUGUUCCAUGACUUGGAAAUGCACCCAGAAAAAGUAGAAGGUGUCGGACAGCUGAUUUUUGAGACGUGCAAAGGCGUUAGGAACAUGUUCCAUUCCUGUGCUGAAACGGUAAUCAAUCCAAGUGCAUGAAGCAAAUGGAAAAUUAUAAAGUGCCUGAUUCAGGAGUGAAUUUUUAACUUGCUUCCAUAGAUGAUUGGUCUAGGUUGUUUUGCCCUAAAUUCCCCCCUCCCUCAGUAGACAAAUAGCAAGUUUAUUUCACACAUUUCAAGAAGACUUUCAGAAUAUUAUAUCUCUAGUUCUUUUUUCUUUUUUAAAAAUUAUUUAAUCAGUCAAUACUUGGCACAGUUAUCAUAAGGAGAAACUGUGUGUGUGUGUGUGUGUGUGUGUGUAAUAUAUGGGAUGUGGUGUACAGUGGUACCUCGGGUUACAUACGCUUCAGGUUACAUACGCUUCAGGUUACACACUCCACUAAGCCAGAAAUAGUGCUUCAGGUUAAGAACUUUGCUUCAGGAUAAGAACAGAAAUCGUGCUCCAGCAGCAGCGGGAGGCCCCAUUAGCUAAAGUGGUAUCUCAGGUUAAGAACAGUUUUAGGUUAAGAACAGACCUCCAGAAUGAAUUACAGUGGUACUUUGGGUUACAUAUGCUUCAGGUUACAUACGCUUCAAGUUACGGACUCCGCUAACCCAGAAAUAGUACCUCAGGUUAAGAGCUUUGCUUCAGGAUGAGAACAGAAAUUGUGCUCUGGCGGCGCGGCAGCAGCAGGAGGCCCCAUUAGCUAAAGUGGUCCUUCAGGUUAAGAACAGUUUCAGGUUAAGAACGGACCUCCGGAAUGAAUUAAGUACUUAACCCGAGGUACCACUGUAUGUAUGUAUAAAUAAAUAAAAUUUUGGAUAGAAAACUUUCCUAGUUGUACAGGGUGAGUCUUUUAAAAGAGGCCCCAUGGAACAUGUGCACUCUGUAUCCACGGGGCCUCUUUUAAAGGACUCCCCCUGUAUAAUGCUAAUCUUGCACAAAGAAUCAGAUUGCCAUGAAGCAGCAGUAGCCUCCUUUAAGCUGAAAGUUGUUUAUUGAGGAGUAAAUGAGUUUAUGACCAGGGUUAGAGUGAAAAAUAUUUUUAAUGUGAACUAUUUUAAAACAUUGGGACGCGGGUGGUGCUGUGGGUAAAACCUCAGUGCCUAGGACUUGCUGAUCGCAUGGUCGGCGGCUCAAAUCCCCGCGGUGGGGUGAGCUCCCGUCGUUCGGUCCCAGCUCCUGCCUACCUAGCAGUUCGAAAGCACCCUUAAGUGCAAGUAGAUAAAUAGGUACCGCUUUAUAGCAGGAAGGUAAACGGCGUUUCCGUGUGCUACGCUGGUGCUGGCUUGCCAGCUGCAGCUUCAUCACGCUGGCCACGUGACCCGGAAGUGUCAUCGGAUGGCGCGGCUCACGGCCUCUUGAGCGAGAUGAGCACGCAACCCUAGAGUCGGACACGACUGGCCCGUACGGGCUGGGGUACCUUUACCUUUACCUUUACCUUUAUUUUAAAACAUUAAAGAUGCAUGUAAUUUCCCCCCACAGGUUAUAACAUUAAUUCUGAAAAAGCUGGGGCCACUUACAGAAACAGAAGUGACCCUCUCCUGGAACUUGGUUGGUGAAGCUUUCGAACAUAUGGCAAAGUCAGCUGCUGGAUUCAUCUAUAAAGAACAUUUCAGUGUAUUUUUCAGAUGCUUGCAAGUGAGUUGUAAUUAAUUAAAAUAGAAAGGGGCUCUACCCUCUCCCGUCCUUUGAAUUAUGGUGGUAUGUGGCAGGAGAUGGGAAAGUCAUGUGGUGAGUGUCAUGUGUUGAGGUGGCAGGUAUCCAGAACCAUGUUAUUUUACCGUUGUCAACAGUGAAAUGAAUGAUGUUACACACUCUGAUUGAUUUUAACAAUGUUGCCUUUAGAAUUGGGUGGGAAAACACUGUCCUUAAUAUAUAAAACUUAAAAAAACUUUUAAAAAGCUGCUUGUAAUUGUAAACAACAAGCAAAACUUGCAUUUUGUCUGAGAUGUCCGUUCUUCAUGAAGUCCCAUUCAUGUGGUCUGAGUAAUGGGGUGAGAAAUAAGGUUAUAAACAACUGAGUUGCACUUUUUUUUGAGGAACCUUUUGUCUAGUUAAGCAGCAGCAGCAACAACAACUAUGGAAAAUCUGACUUUUGGGUGCAAAACUUUUUUUUUUUUUUAAAUCAACCACAUAGAAAUCAAUACUUGAACUGCAAGAAAAGAUAACGAAGGACAACUGCUGUGAAGCUUCUGAACAGAUUGAGAGGGUAUUGCAAGUGUAUUUGAUCUUAGCAGAAUAUGCACAAGGCUCCAAAAUUGUUCAGCCUGAAGAAGUUUGUAAGGUCAGUAAAACUUUUCUGUGCUAGAAUAGAUCAUGUACAUCUGGCAUGAGAGAGGAUAUGAAGCAAGGUGGAAGUAAAGCAGGAAGCAUUGUUUAGCUUUGUCUUUGAGGUUAUUUCAAGGGUUUGGAUCUAGUGGUAGAGAGGGUGCAGCUACAAGUGAAAUUUAUUAGUCAUCUUCAGCAGCUUGGCAAGAAUUCUGUUGAUCUAGAUUAACUGUUGGUCUAUGACUAAUAACCUGAUGGGUUCAUUGUUGAUCUAGAUUCACUUUUUUUUUUUUUACAACACUGACUAUUUUGCUGUAUUGUUGUGCUAUGUCAGAGAUAUUAUUCAAGAAGGAAGGGAGCCAGUGUGGUGUAGUGGUUAAGAGCGGUGGACUCGUAAUCUGGUGAACCGGGUUCGCGACUCUGCUCCUCCAACAUACAGCUGCUGGGUGGCCUUGGGCUAGUCACACUUCUCUGAAGUCUCUCAGCCUCACUCACCUCACAGAGGGGGAGUUGUGAGGGAGGAAGGGAAAGGAGAUUGUUAGCUGCUUUGAGACUCCUUAGGGUAGUGAUAAAGCGGGAUAUCAAAUCCAAACUCUUCUUAGUGCAAAGGAGUGUGGUAUCAAAAAGAUUUAGGGAUAGGCAUGACUCCAAAUGAGAUGAACUGUGGUCUUAGGCCCCACUACUAUACUGUUUUAGGUAACUAAUGAAGACCUGGACAGCUUUUUGAAAAGGCCUUUGGUUAAUUCUACAAUUUUGCCAGCUCAUUUCUUAUAUUUCUUUGUGCUGCUUGAAUGGUUAUUGUUCUUUUUUUAAAAAAUAAAUAAAUGUCUGUUUUAUUCUUUUGUGUGUUUUUUUUACUGUCUGUUAGCAGCUUAGAGUCUCCUUCAGUAAAUAGGCAGUAUGCAUAAAAAAAAAUUUGAUACUGUACAGGUCACUUCUGACUAGUUUUAUAAAUCAGAGAUUUCAUUUAAGCAAACAAAAAUCUUCUAGCACUCAUGACUUCAGAUAGAAACAGGAAUUCUUCUUGCCAGAAUUUCUGUGUUUUUAAUUGUUCAUAUUUUCAUUUCACAGACGUUAACAAAACUGAUAGAAACACCGGACCUCUCAGUGCCCUGUCGUGAUGCUCUGCUUAAAGUUAUUUCUGUUCUGUUUCUUGAUGAGAGUGUCUUAUUGCCUGAUGCAUUGGUCAAAGAAAUUGUUGAAAAGGUAACAAAAUGUUAGGCUGGACUCGGUUGAAUACUGUAUUAUGAACAUUGCACUUUUGAGCACCUGGUCUGCAAGACUUGAUUCAUACAUUAGCCUUUUCUGUGAGUGAAUAUAUGCAAACAGGCUCACUUUCCCCAUAUAGGUCUUCUGGAAAUAGGAACAAAUCUAUUUUCUUCUGGCAGCCAAUACAGGCAGAUCCAGCUGGGUGUAAAUGCCAGAGUUUCUCUCCUCCCAGCUGAGCAGCUGAACUGCUGGGAUCAAAGUAGUAGUUGGAAGCUAUUUGCCAUAAAAAUCUGAGUCUAUAUCUUGAGAGAGUUUCGUAGGGGAGAGCCAUAGCAAAGUGGCAAGGUUCCCCAGCCCCCUCUGGUGGCAGGACUGCAUAAGAGGUCCGCCUGAGACCUUUAGUUGGAGUAGAUAUUACUGAGUUACUGGCAGAUGUCUGAGUGCAGUUUCAUAUUGUCACACAUAGGUUCAUAUACGCAAGCAGCCUCAUUGACAACUGCAUUUAAAGAGAUGUGCGUGUCUGCAAGUUUUGCAUGAUCAAUGACUAUUUUUCUGUAUGCUAAUGCAGUAAAUACUGGAAAAGACACCACAGAUAAGGUGGUUCCCCAAUUCGUAAGUUUUGUGUCUCAAUUCCCUUUGGGAGCAAACAGAUUUUUGCAGAUUAUCUUUUGGAAUCGGAAUUUCCCAUUGUCCUUCAAAGUAAUCCCAAUGAAUCUGGAACCAGGUCUUUAUUUACUUCAAUUUACUGUUCAUGUUCUUUUUAAUAGAUCUUCAAAGGUGGAUUUGAAAGGCGUUCUCUAUGGGAUUUUUCUAAAGUUAUGUUUCCAAUGGAACAAUUUGAAAAGGUAGGUGAAGUGUUUACCCCUUUUUCAGCAGCUUGAGAACUGCAUCUUAAGGAGGGAGAAGUUAGCGCGAUCCUUGUCUUGUCUUGUCUCCUUCCCUUUCCAGCAAUUUCUUCCCAGUCUCCUUGAGUAUGCUGAGCACUGCAUUUGUGGAGAAGAUGCUCUGGUUCAGGAGGAGGCCUUGGCAGUUCUGGCUAAACUCAUUCUAGAGAAAGCAGAACCUCCCACAGUUGGUUCGAUGGCCUUUGAGAAGUAUCCCUUGGUUUUUAUGGAAUCUGCUAAAGGGUAUGUGACUUGAGCAGUUGCUUUUGAGCUGUAUCUGUGGAAAGGAGCAGGUUGCAAUGUUCUAUUCUGGUCACUUAAGUAUUGAACCAUACUGGAUUCAUAAAACUAUGCUACUUUUAAAUACCAAGGACAAGGGAACGUGUAGACAUCUCCCAUUUCCCUCAACCAGCAUGGAUGGCCCAGUGGUCAGAAAUGAUAGGAGUUGUGGUCCAACAACAUCUGGGAGGCCACAUAUUACUUAUCCCUGCAGGCAGUCUUAUGUAUCUGUUGUAACGGCAUACAAUCUAUUUAAUUUUAGAUUGAAUAGAAGACAGUUGCGAAGUAAAAGAACUGAAGAGAAAGAACAGAAGACUGUUUUGGAUCACAUUCUGUCUUGCAUUCAGAUACCAGAAAACAGAAGCACGGCUGAUCUUUCAAAACCCUGGGCAGCUCUUGUGGUACUUCCUCACAUAAGGUGAAUAUGUGAGGCGCUUACUUACUAACUUGUUUCUAUAAAAGUAGACCACAUGUAGGGUCACUGAUUUGUAAGUCUCUAUCAAAGCAAACAAGUGCAGUUAUUCUUCUCUAUGUUAGGUGCUCAUAGCAAAUGAGCUAGGGGUGUCUACUGUGACAUUGGAAGGAUAUAGAAAUAAAACCCUGCUUUUAUGGAAAGCCCAGAUGGCCUGGAAAAGAAAACUUUUGCAUCUUUCCUCUAAAGAUUCAACACCUUUUUGUGAUAGGAUUUUUAAAAAAAAAAAUUUGGUAGCACAAAGACAGAGGCAGUAACACACCCUAAAACCUAUUGCUGGAACAAAGUGACUGUGCCAAAAGCAAGAAAGAAAGAAAGAAAGAAAGAGACCCAAGAGUUGCAUCCUUUGCAAUACUGCAAACCAUCUUGGGUCACAUCUUGAUUCCACUCGCUGUUUCAUGGCUGUCCCUUGAUAUAUUGCUGACUCAAGCGAUAUUUCUGGCAUUUCCGGUCAGCCCAGUUUUAAGCUGUGGUAAAGGAUUAAUCAAAAUGAACUCUUUUCAAAUCCAAAGAUGUACAGUUAAAAACAACAACAAUGAAAACUUGUUUUGUAUUUCCAUAUCCCAUUAGUAUUCAAGGGCAUUUAUGUAGUGGUUGUUUCUGUUGCCAUGACAACCACUUUUUUGGGGUUGCAGGAUUUUGAAGUAUUGUGGCUAGAGUUUUUUGUGCUUUUGUUUGAGGGGAGGGGGAAGAGUGCCCCAUGUCACUUGGAAUAGUCCUGAAAAUGUUAAUCUUAGUUCACGAAUUGUAGGAUAACUUGAAGAUGGGUGGAAUUUACAGUGAAAGACUGCUAUAUCCACUGAAUCUGUAGAACCAGGUUGUCAGGUAAUUAAUCCCAGUUAGCCAGUGCAGCAAGCUAUAGUUAUUGCCACACCCAAGCUUUGAAAUUCUCUGUCCUUGAGAUCAGUUUUGCUCCCAUCCUUUUUUUGGCCUUCUGCCUUCGUUUGCUACAAGGUUGGCCCAAGAGGCUUUGCUGCCUGAGACAAAGGGCUCCAUGUACAAAAAAACCAGACUGCACUGGCAGCCAUACCUUCCUUCUAUGUUGCAAGCAAGACAGCCUCUCUCAGGUGCAGUGGGUAUUGCUCUGCAAGAGGUGGAAGGCACUUGGCAAAUGGGGUGCUGUUUCCCAGCACUGUGUCAGUGUUCUCCAGCCCUCGGCACCUGCCACUUCAAGGCAGUUGCCUCAUUCUACCUAACAGUAGGGCCAGCCUACUUCUCUGUUUAGAAAAGGCCUCUUAGGACUUUUUUUAAAAUAUUUAUUGCUGUUUUUUUCAACUGUUUAUGUUCCUUGGUCUGCUGUUUUGAUUGACUUGGUGAUUUGCUCUUUGGUUUUUUAAAAAACUUUUUUUAUAUGCAAAGGCGAGGUAUAAAUAUUUUAAAAUAAAUGAAACCUGACUUCAAGCUCAUUCAUAAAGGUGUGCAAGUUCCUUCUCAAGUUGAAAUAGAAAUUGAAGUUUACAUAGCAAUGACUCGAAGUACUGGCCUUACAGUAGGUGUUGGGACCAUUGUUAGGGCCGAAACAGAUCAAAUGGCAAUCACACAAUUAGCCAUUAGACAAGUGCCUUUUAAAAAGUAAAUUUCAGGAGGCUUGAUCUGGAUUGGGAUCCUGCUGUGUGAGUAUAGGAGGUGUUAACCCUUUGCCCCUUCUUGUAGUCACAAGCCAGAGUAGGCCCCUGACACUUGUGGUUUGGAUGGGGGGGUGUGGAGAUUUGCCAUGAUCUAGAUUGGGACUGCAGUGGAAGGGGGACAAAGGAUUAAAGUCCACUACCUCACUUCAAGAUAGCAAACCCCAUGCCUAAAAGUUACAUGAAAGAAGCAAAUAAUGCAGUUGCUAAUUGUGUGAAUGGUGUCAUGGCUAGCUUGAUUACCGUAUUUUUCGCUCUAUAGGAUGCACUUUUUCCUCUCCAAAAAUUAAGGGGAAAUGUGUGUGCGUCCUAUGGAGCAAAUGCAGGCUCCUUGGCUUCAGUGAUAGCAAUGUGAAGCCUCCGAAGCGCAGAGGGAGUUCCUGCUGCGCUCCGGAGGCUUCGGGUUCCUUUUGCUGAAGCCAGAAGAGCAAGACUCUCCUGGCUUCAGCAGAGAGGGAGAGCUGCGCAGCGCUCCUUCAGCCAAGCGGGAGGAGAAAUGGAAGGGGCUCUGUUUCUCCUGCCGCUUCGCUGAAGGGGCGCUAAGCAGAGAGGGGGAGAAUUUUUUUCCCCUGUUCUCCCCCUCUAAAACAAGGUGCGUCCUAUGGUUGAGUGCGUCCUAUAGAGCGAAAAAUACGGUACAUAUGCUUGAAUCAUUCUAGCCCUGGUUAGUCAAGACACAGGGUGUGUUUGUGGGGGCGGGGGCUAAAUCCACUUAUGUGGAAGUAAAUUCCAUUGAAGUUAGUGAGACUUGAGACUUGCUUCUGAGUAAACACACAUAGCAUUUUUCUUUUAUUUAAUUAGUGCUUAAGGAUGCGCAACUUUUUCUAGAUUUUAUCUUCUACACUUCACUGCAGCUGUGUUAAGUUUGUAUCUCUGUAUCUAACAGGCCGCUUGUCAAAGAGAAAAUCCUACCAAAAGUUAAAGGUUACGCUGAGUAUCUCUUCACUGCUCUUGAGACAGGACAGCCUUGCAAAGGUGAGCUGUUUAAAGUAAUUUCUCAUUAUUCUGCAAUGGUCGGUAAAACCAGCAUUCUUUGAAAGUGAAACCGAUCUCUGCAGAAGUCCUCAUUGCAGCUUGUUCAUGGUGCACCAAACCAUUAUUUAGCACUACACGGGAAAGCAGCCAGUCUUUUGCAUUUUGUAUAGACUUUCUAAAAUUAAAGCGCUCCCCAAGGGUGUAGUCAUAAAGUACGGAUUAAUAUAUAACUUAUUCCUGUUUUGUUUUCCCAGGAAGCCUGUUUGUGGUCUGCCAAGCUGUGAGCACACUGCUUAGUUUAGCAGAAUCCUUGGAAAUUCUAGAUCUGUUACCAGUGGAACGCAUAAAGACUUUGUUGAUGUAUGUAAUGGGGAGAUGGAGUUUGCCUUUUAUAUACGGAGCAAUAUGUUGGGCUUGUGUGUGCUUGUUUAAUGCUGUGUUUUCCAAAGUUUAGAGUGCGUGCAUUGGCCAGUAGUAAUCAUUGGGUUGAGGUAUUUCUAACCAUAUUGCCAGAUCAACAGUUUGCUUCAGGUUAAAGACAAAUAACACACACGUUAAGUAUUAAUAUUUUACUUCUCAUCCAUUUUUGCUUAUACAGUGGUACCUCUGGUUGCGAACAGGAUCCGUUCUGGAGGUCCGGCCGCAUCCUGAGGAAUUCUCAACCGGAGGUGCUGCUUCUGCGCAUGUGCGCAGCGCGGUUUAGCGCUUCUGUGCAUGCGCACGGCGCAUAGAAUGCUUCUGCUCAUGCGUGCGCUACAAAACCCGGAAAAAUACUUCCAGGUUUGCCACGUAUGUAUCCUGAAGGAUACGUUACCGGAGGUGAACGCAACUAGGGGUACCACUGUAUUUAAUUAUAUAUUGACUGAUAGUAACGUGCCUCUUUUCCCCAGGGCAUUUCCUUCAGACCCAUCUGCCUUGCUGUUGGCUGAUCUCUAUUGUACAAGAUUGGCAUUGUGUGGGUACUAUAAACAUCUGUCCCAAGAGAGUCUGAUGGAAUUGCUUUUAAAAUUACAAGCCAAUAUUUCAAGCAGUGUAUCCAAGGUAACAUUUAUUUUCUAACAGUUUCUUGCUGAAUGCAUUGUGUUUCCAAACAGUUACUAUUGAGGUAGUAUUCCUUAAUGAAGAAGCUGGUCAGGGAACGUCUGUCAUAGGACUGCAGGCUUCUCCAUCCCCUCAGCUGAGAGACCAGCCGAUUUAGGCUCCUCUUCUCAAUGAACUUCCAUUUCAGCUGGUCGUUCAAAGAAAACGAGUUCGCUUUUUUCCUCCUCCCCCCUCAAUCUCUUUUACUUAUGUGCCACAUGUUUUAGAUUUUAAGGCUAAAAGAUGUUUGUAAGAUAUUUGUAAGUUGUUUUGGGAGCUUAUUCUUGGCUAAGGAGUAGGAGCAAAAUACUUUAUGUAAAUAAAUGAUAAAUUAAUACCUUUCAGUUGCAUCCUUUUCAUUAUACCUGAUUUUGCAGCAUGAAAAAUGUAAUGAAAUCUGAUUUCCCCUUUGAUAGGUACGACUGUUGACAAUAAGGAUUUUAAAUCAUUUCGAUGUCCAGCUUCCUGUGGGGAGUGAGGUAAUAUUUCAUGUAAAAUAAUGCUGUCCGGGUGCUGCCCAAGUAGCUAAGAUUUCACUGGGAGAUAAAACAUUGUAUUGUUUUACUAUUACAUAAUUCGUUGAAUGUUGUUGUGAGGCUCUUCUUUUCUAGGUAAUUUAAGCUUUAGAUCUUCUGCUUACUGAGGGCUUAGUUAGUUAUGCAAAAGUGUAGGAGAAACAUAAGAGUUUUAGACAUUUGUCUUUUUGGAGGGGAGUGGUUGUGAAUAGGAAUGUCUUGAAUUUAAAUGAGGAGUGGUGUAUUUUUCCUGGCUGAAAAUGAUUAUUUGGUGUCACUACAGCUCAGUCGCUGGGUGUGUUGUUGUUUUCUUACUGUCUUGCCAUUUUUGCUGUACAUUUUUUGAUACCAUAUUUAUGUGAAUCUUAAUGCACCAUCAAAUCUAAUGCGCACUUCAGUGUUCAAAACCUUGAAACCAAAAAAGUAUUUGCUAUGUAAGCAGUGUUUUUUAAGCUUGCAGUCAAAUCUAAUGCGCCAUCAAAUCUAAUGCACAGCCUAAUUUUUUGCAACGUAAUUUGGCCAAAAAUGGUGCACAUUAAAUUCGAGUGAAUACAGUAUAUUUGAUCCUCAGCUGACUUCUAACAGCUGUGAGGGAACUCGUAAUAUUCCACGAAGCUUUGUUUUACAUAAAUCUUGUAACACCAGCUGUUUCUUUUGCUUUUGUUAAGGAUAUGGGCGUGGGGGAGCUUCAGUCUGUAUUUGCCAUAUUGCUUCAAGCUGAACUUGUGCCAGCAAGCAUCAAUGAUUAUCGUGAGAAACUGCUCCACCUAAGGAAGCUGAGGCAUGAUGCAGUCCAAUCCCUGACCCCUGCGGGACCUUUACAGGAGGUAAAAUGUCAUUCUUGAAGGACAUGCUACAGCUUUUCCCUUCUUGCUAAACAAGGUCACGUACAGACUGAGUUUCCUUUUGUACUUCAUCAUAAUAGGCUUAACAACAUGUGGGCGUUUUGAUAACUGGUUUCAAGAAAGAAAUUAGCUGUAGUGGCUGAGAUCCAGGUCCUGCGUGUCAUGCACAGAACAAAGGUGGCCCUAUUUUUCUCCUUUGUUUAAGAACAUGGGGGAGCCCCUGUCUAUGUAAAACUGUGGGCAGUGAGUUAUAUUUCUGAAUUGGCUGUUGCUAAACAAAUGAAAACUAUUAAGGGAGAUUUGUUUCUGUUAGCAGCUGUGCUUUUACAGCUGAAGAGGGUUCUGUUUUGUUUUCCUUUUGAAGAAAAACUGGUUUCCCUUUACUGUUCUCCAAGUCUAUUUUUUGCAUUUGUAAAAUAUUAGCUUGUCUUUCUGAUCUGUCCCAAAUGUUGUCUUUAGUCCAUUAGCAUAAUACCAGGAGUCAUAACUGGCCAGAGGCUUGCAGAGGGAGGGUCUGUAUAUUGCACAGACUACAAGGGGUGGGUUUGAUGCAGUGCUUCACUAGAUCUUAGAUGUAAUUCAUGGAGGGGGGAAGCAAGGUCUCCUGGACCCCACCCUCUGACCUCCACACAUUUUCAGAGGAACUUGCACAAUUACAUGUGCAGCCAGGAAACCUGAUGCAAUAGAAUUCCCAAUGGCUAGUGCAAACCUAUGUACUUGCAGCCUGUUUUCACCGUAUGUACUAUUUUUCUUUUUGAAAAGACAGAAUGAUUCCAAUCCCUCUUUGUGUGUUUGUUCUAUGUGUGGAGGGGAAUCGAAAAUACACCUAGUGCGUCUCCAUGCACCGAGCACCUAUUGAAGGCCAGUUCAUGCUUUUCCUUCUUUGCAGUGGCAUCCUAAAGAACUUUGUCACCCACUGCUGUAGGAGGAGACGGAUAAUUCAUUUACAUAUUGUUACAAAACACAAGGGAAUGUGUUUUGGGAAACCAUUUCAGUGAAGCAGGCCAUUGAUAUUGCUCCAGUCUUAAUAUUCUGAGGCUUUUUCUCCUUAGUCACAGUAGAAUGAGAGGAAACUUUUUGAUUUACUAGAACAAUUGAGUUACUAGAACUUUUACAGGGACCAGGUAAAUUAACAGUUUGUAAAUGUUAAAUGGAAAUGUUUGGUUUUGUGAGAAUAAGUACCACUAAUAAAUGUAUUAACGAUGGUUUAAAGAUACAAAAAAAAACCCCAUAUUGAAAUAUUAUCCUAGGUGCCUCUUCGGUAUUUACUGGGAAUGCUUUAUAUCAACUUCAAUCCGUUGUGGGUUCCUGUGAUUGAGCUUAUAGCGUAAGUAUUUCCUCCCACUCCUGAAUAAUAAAAACUGUAUAAACAAAUAAAAUAGAUCUGGGUGAGAUUUCUAUGUGUAUUUUGAUAGGUGGGGAAAUUAAAUUAAUUGCAAGGCAUAUUUCUGGUUGGAUUGCUGAAUGUCCUGUUUUAAAAGUGAAUGGUUUGCAUCUUCAUGCAUUUGGGUCAAAUUCAUUCCUUAUUUUAGAAAAUGUCCUCCCUGCUUCCUAAGGCUUAUAGUGCAAAACAUUUCUGUAUCUUGUUCAUAAAUAUAAGUUUUCAAUGUUCUCAUUUUACACAUUCUUAACUGAACCUGAAGCAGAAUGGGUUGUUGAAGCCCACUAGUAAAGCAAUGGCUGAGUUAAAAUUUGAUUCCAGGCUUCCCAUAUAAUGAAGAGAAUGGCUAUCCCAUAUAGGAGUGUAUAUUUAUGACAGGAAUAGGAGACCUCUGGCCUUCCAGAUUUUGUUUGACUCCAGCUCGCAUCAUCCCUGACCAUUGGCUAUGCUGGCCAGGACUGAAGGGAGUUGGGGCCUAUCAACAUCUGAAGGGCCACUGCUUGAUUUACAAGAUUUAGUCUUCUGCUUUGCAAACAUUUUGCAAAGCACUUUUGGAUUCUCACAUGACCAGAAGGAAGCCCUAUCAACUAAUAUCAGAAAGCUGUAGAUCCUUAAUAGUGUCAGUGAACCAAAUAGGACAGCCUUGUUUUUAUGCGCUAUCUUGGUAGACCUAGCUGACCAAGAUCUGCAAGCAGCAGUGCAUGAUAUUCCAUGCUGGGGAGUGAGUGGGCCGGCAGAGGAGUAAUGGAGUACUUUGGUUUCUAUGCUGGACACAGAGGAGGGAUCAACAGCUCUCUCUUCUAUGCCCAGCUUAGAAAUGCAGUGCUAUAUACUUUCUUUGCCAACUCCUAGUUGACUGGUAUUAUUUUUCUUCCUUUAUGCUAGUAGUAUUUGUAGUUUUAGUUUAUAGGCUGAAGUUGCCCAAUUUUACAUCCCUCCCUUUAUUUUUUUAAAAUUAGCUCUCAUGCAAAUGAAAUGGAAAACAAACAGUUUUGGAAAGUUUACUUCGAACAUUUGGAAAAGGCCGUCAUUUAUGCUGGUAAGAGAAAGCAACUUUAAUGGCUUCAUAAUAGUCAAGCCAAGAUCAGAGCUGCUCAUGAACUAAGUCUAGGGGUUUUUUACUUCAUACAGUUCAGGAGAGUUUUUUUCUCUCUCGUCUCCCACUCCAUUCUCAGCCCCAGAAUGGGAGGUGUUCAAGUGUCUCAAAGUUGUUUCCUCUCUUCCUUUUGCUGCUUUUGUUCUUCCUAAGAAAAGAAACUAGUGGUUUUCACUGGUCCAACUUCAAGGCAUAGAGAGGCUACAUGCAGUGGAGGGAGCAAGGCUUCUCCUUCCUUGACCACUGGCCAUGCUGAUGGUAGUCCCACAGCACCUGGAGGAGACCAUGAUAGCUACCUCUGCUCUAUGCAAAUGUUAUGUGUGCUUGAAGACAUUCAGCAAGCUUUAUACAUGGGGUGAAAAGCUGUGGGUCUCUCAAGGGGCCACAGCUUGUGAGGUGCUGGGGUGAAAGUGCCUCAGCUCCCACGAUAAGAGCUGCUGCAGUUUCACCUGGCAUCUUGCCGGCUGGGGCCAAUGCAGCUUUUUAAAACAUCAUGGUAUAUCGCCAAACCGUGAUGUUUGGCUGGUGAUACUCUGCGUUGUUGAAAAUCCAACAUCGCCCAGCCCUAGGCUCCACUUGUCUUAACUAUACCUGCAUCAGCUUGUUGGAACAUUUUCUAAUAAAUCUGUUCUCUCACUUUUUAAUGACAUACCCUCCAAGAGCAGCGGGGUACUGUAUUAGCUGCAGUGCCUUCAAAACAGUAAAUAGAACUUAAGGCCUUGUACUAAUACAUGAUCAGAAGCUUCUAAAGAGUAAUAAAAUAUAAUUUUAUUUUUGCUUUUUCUCUAGAGAGAGAGCUACAUAAUGAGCUGGAAGAAGAUCAGUGGGACAUUAUGGAUGCUCAAGGAGAAGAAAUCCAUGGAAGAGACGCCAGAACUUUGUAUAUUGAGCAGCUGAAAUGUCAGACAUGCUGCAGUGAGAGGACAGAUCACGCGAAUUUUAGGCUGUUGCUUUGGAAGGCAAUGUCAAAAUUUCCGGACAGAGUGGAGCCCAGGUCUAGAGAACUCUCUCCACUUCUCUUAAGGUUUAUUACGUGAGUAUUUUCACUGAGGGUGGGCCAGAGAGGGAAUAAUUUUUGAGUACUGGUUUUAAAUGCUAUCGAAAGUACCUGUGUAAUUUUUAAGACAACUUCAGGGAUCGCUUUAUAUUUGUGUGCAGACAUGUGCGUUUGUGUGAGUGUGCAUGGGUGUGUGUGUGUAUGUACACUAAUAAUUCUCAAAACUUAGCGAGAAAUUGCCUUAGCCCUAGCCAUGAUCUGCACAUAAUUUCUGGUAAUAAAAUGGUUGGAGAAAAGGGAGGUGGUUUGGGAGGGCAUUCCAGGCAGAGGAAAGAAUAGAACAACAGAAAAUAGAAGGUUCUAGUAACUUCCAUGAGUUGAUGAGAGACAGACAGACAAACAGGGCCUACCUGGUUGGGAGGAGCUGCAACACUAGCUCCCCAACAGGUGUUUUGCUACCACUUAAUGGAAGACAUGAUGGUGAGAGGUCAGUGGGCGAGUGGCAGCAACACACCACCUGGAAAAUAAACACUGUGGCUCUGCGCCACCAGGCAAACAACUUCUGGAAGGAGGCUAUAAAGGUAGCUAAAUGUCAGUAUUAAAUAUAAGCAGUAGGAGCUUGAGGUUGGGGCAUAAAAUAACAGGGAGCCUGUGUGGAGACUUAAGGAGAGGGACGUGUGAGGUAAUCACAACAUGAAAUAUAUAUUUUUACCAAGGCAUUUGAAUAAAUCGAAAAGAGAGAGGCAACAGGCAGGAAGGCCUAUCUAGAAACAGGCUGCAGGAGUUCUAGCCCAGGGGGUGGCAAGGUUUAUCUUGCCUGGGCUGGAUCGGUCCCGCGGAGAUCUCUCUGUGGGCCGGAUUGUGCGUGUGUGUGAGCGAGCGUGCCCGCGAUUUUCAGCAUCUGCAUGUGGGCAGAUGCGAUUUCCGGCACUGAAGAAGCGAAUCCCUGUGCCAUGCUGCGCCGGUUUAGCGCAGCGCGCGAGCGGGCAGCUCAGUUCAGGGGUGGCUCAUGGGCCAGUCAAACGACCUCCACGGGCCGCUUCUGGCCCAUGGGCCUUAGAUUGCUGACCCCUGUUCUAGCCCAUCCCUUUUUUGUUUUCUUGCUUUUCUUUUUACAGCAACGAAUACUAUCCUGCAGAUUCACUAGUAGCUCCAGCACAAGACCUUAGAAAGAAAAGCAGUAGCAGUGUAAAACGAGACCUCACCAUGGAAGGAGAUGCAACAACCAUGAAAGAUGAUGAGAAGGAUGAGGAUGAGAAUGAGGAAGAGAAGGAGACUUCUGAAGAGCCAGUGAUGGAAGAGAUGCCAAAAAAGAAGACUAGAAGAGCUGCAUCAAAGUAAGCUUUACUUAGUUACAGAGAAGGAAAACUUUCUGUCCCACAAAUAUUGGAGAAGAUCAGGUUGGGAAGAGGAGGGCUGGGGUGGUGAAACUUAUAUUCUUCUACAUAGUGUACGUGUAAGGUGAAGAAGAUCACUUUUGAAUGUAAUUUGACUUGUGGUUCUUGCUCCCCCAUGAAUGGCCCAUCAAAAAUUGAAGGUUGAAAGGGGCAGUCCAAGGCUGCUUCCAGAGGGCUUUCAAACAGCUCCAUAAUAUGGCCCACAAACUAUAAAAAGAUCCCCACCUCUUAUGUAACAAGAGAACAUACUAAUCACGCUAUGAAACAAAGAACAAAAGCUCUUUCAGUGAUGGAAAGAUCGCAAAUCAUGAUUGGUUCUGGCUGGUCAUUGCUGUAGUGCUAAAAUUCUGCAUUUGUUGGUUAGAGCAUGGUGCUGAUAACACCAAGGUUGCAGGUUUGAUCCCCGUAAGGGACAGCUGCAUAUUCCUGCAUUGCAGGGGGUUAGACUAGAUGAUUCCUAGGGUUCCUUCCAACACUACAAUUCUUUGAUUCUAUGAUUUUCUGUUGAGAAUUGUAGGCCAGGAUUGAGAGAGUCCGUGUGUGUGUGUGUGUGUGUGUGUGUGAUGCUGUUCUUGAUUGUGACAGAACUCCAGCCUCAAAAAUUCUUGUUCCUCAAUGGAAUUUUUAAAAUACCUAUAUCAGUAACUCAAGAAGUAAAAGAUUUAUGGGCCAAGUGUUAAUGAAUCUUUAGUGAAGGUUGACCCCAGGGUCAUUUCUCUGUCAGUGGCCCUCCACUAUUGUUUAACUUUAGAGCAUAAAUUCUUUACUUUCUGGUGCACAUAGAUUGUGGCAGGUUUAUGACAGAGACAACCAACUCCUGUAUUCUUGAGGGGCUGUUCUAUCCUUGAGAAAAUGGCCUGUUACACAAAGUAACGGCCUCACAAGUAGUAAGUCUUCAUAAUUAACUUGCUGCUAUUUAGCUCUAAAGGUUGUGCUGCAGUUGCAGAGCAAAUGUAUGCAGCCAUAGCAUUAUAUAAACAUAACAAUUUUUCUAUGACGUGCAUAUUCUUUAGAUUCAGGCUGUGUUCACUCAUCAUGAUAAGCAUGAUUUCUGGCUCAUGGUUUUACACUGUUGCACACUGUCUAAUAGGUCCUGUUCCACUCCUCCUUUGGUGGGAGCAGAAGAAAUUAACCAGGAAGCCACAAUUUAGCUUGACUUUACAUUCCAUCUGAACCUGGGACUGGCCACAAUCCAUGUCAGCAACAAGCCGUGGUUUAAGGCUAACUGGAAGUUGCCAUGUACUUGGAUGUAACAGGAGGCCAAGCUUAACAGUGGUUUCCUAGUUGUUCCUCUUGUGCCAGGGGAUGAGUGAAGCAGGAAAGAUUGGUGGUGUACACAACCCUAUUGCUUGAUCAUGGUAAACCAUGGUAAGCCGCAAACCAUGGUUUAUUGUGAUGUGUGAAGAAGUAAAGAUCAUUGGGUGAGGAUAGUAUGAGAAGCUGAGUCAAUUUGUGAAUGGCUAGAAGCUGGGGAUUUGGAUCAAUUCUGCCUACUUUUUAUCACUAGGAUGACUUAUUACAACUUCUCUCCCAAAUUCUCCUCUUCCUCCUUUCAGCAAAGGGAAGAUGAGCUUCUGAGUGAUACACUUGUGUUGAAAACCCUGGUUUUUAUUAGCUUUCAACAGCCUUUGAACAUGCUUCAGUAGACUUACUUCUUUUUCUUUUAAAUCAUUACCGAAAAUCAAAUUUUUUAAUGAUGACUCAGAACAAUUGCUUUCUGCUGUUAACUUCUGUGUUCCAAUUUGUUUUUCAGACAGCUCAUCACCCACUUGCAACUGUUUGCCCAAUUUUCAAAUCCACGUGCAUUGUAUUUAGAAGCAAAAUUGAAUGAAAUAUACACUCAGGUGAAACUUCUGAGCUUCUUUUUAAUUUUGUUUAGAUGUGUGUGUAGUUGUUGUCCUGCAAGGACCAUGCCAAUUUCAAAAUGUUUUGGUAGAACUUGCUAUUUAUCCCUUUUGCAUGCUUGUGCAAAAUAUAUGUUAUCUUUUGAAGCAGUUAAGUUUGCCAAUGUGGUAUUGUGGACGUCAUCCCUGAUUAACCUGCACCAAUGUUUGCUACUAAACUGUCUUUCUGUUGUUGUUCUUGAAAAAUUCUGAAUAAAUGAGUUUCUUAAGCUUUUUAACAGAGUUAAAUUCCUACAAUUGGAAUGAUGGACAAUGUUAAGGAUUAGUGGAAAUUGUGUUCUGUUUAGUAUCUCUGUGUAAGGCCAGGGCUUCUCAAAUUUUCUUACUGUGUUUGUGGAGGGGCUGCUCCCCAAUAAUCAUGUAUUUUAUUAUUUAUUUAUUGCACAAAUAUUACAUACUGCUUGAUUGUAGAAUAAACCUCUUAAGCAUCUUGCAAAAUUAAGGCAAAUGACUGCAGGCAGCUUUGUUUACCGCUCUCCUGUCCUGUUCCUCUUUGUCAGGCCAGCCAAAGGGAUGAAGUGUGACUGGGCACAAGAUCAAUCUCAGAAAAAUAAAAGCCUAUGGGGAGAGGGGAUUUACUAAAGCAAUAUAAGUUGGAAUCUGGCCUAUGUGUGCUUUCUUCUGACUUAUUUCUUCUAAAACAUUAUCUUCAGCUGCUGUCUCAUCAAGACCAGAGUGUGCAAAAAGUAGCUCUUGACUGUAUCAUGACUUACAAGCAUCCACACUUACUGCCAUACCGGUAAGAAGUUCUAUGGGUGGGAUUCAGUGGAUAUUGCUCUGCUGAUGGAAGACAUUAGCUCCUCCCUCUUAGCUCCCCAAAUUCUGCUCCAGGGGUUCCUCAAUCCUCUGGAGCUGGUGGGGAGACAGAGUGAUGCAAGAAGGGCAGGGGAGGAGUUGCUGGGAAUUCUUUCCAUCCCUGUUGCGUUAAUGGAUGCCUCCAGUUGGUGGAGGAACUCUCGCUAGAUUGCAUCCUCAGUUUGAUUUGGCUGUUUGUUUUGCUUCAGCCAUCAUAUAGGAAGAAUAUAUCAUGGCCAGAGCAAAUGGUGCGUAAGUGUUCACACAUGCAUGUUCUUGACAGGCGCUCUCUUCGCCAAGCAUAAACGUAAUUUGUUUCUAGGAUCUGUGCCUUUGUUUUCUAAGAUAUUGCGUAGAGAAUCUUUUUCUUAAUCUUGCAUUAUCUACUUACAGGGAGAACUUGGAACGGCUGCUGGAAGACAAGAGCUUUAAGGAAGAAAUAGUUCAUUUCAGCAUUUCUGAAGAAAACACCACAGUAAAGGCACUGCACCGGCCAGAGCUUGUUCCUGUUCUAAUGAGGUUAAGGCGCUUCUGUAUAUUAACUUAGACAUCAAGUCUGUAUAGGUUCCUUAUGGGUCUUUACAAAUGAAAUAUGACAAUGUAUGGGCCUACUUCAACAGGAAGAUGGUUGGAUUUUUUGACCUGCUUCUCAGGUUUCACUGUGAAUUCCAAAUACUCUAUGGGUUACUUAAGCCACUUUUUUGUGUGUGUGUGGAAAACUGUCUUCUGUAAGUUAAGUGAGUCCUUAUUCAUUGGAGUUCUUCCAAAUGGUUAAGAAACUUUCCAAUCAAGUCACUGGGAAAUUGCGUCAGUAAUUAUCUUGGUUGGGAGCCAGAGUGGUGUCCCGAACUAGGGCUAGGGAGGUCUGGAUUCAAAUACCAAGUCUGUCAUGAAGUUCAUUGGGUAGCCUUGGGCCAGUCAUCACCAGCUGGUUUCACUUACCUCACAGGGUUGCUGGGAGGGUAGGACAGGCAAAAAUCAAAACUAAAUGGCGGGAGCGUGUGGGUUAUGAUAGCUCUCAUUUUGCAGCCAAAAUUAUGAUUGCAAUUCUGGCAGCUUGGAAGCAUUCUCUAAGUCUGUGUAAUAGUUCUUUUCUAUGUAAGAAAAGAAAAGGUCAACAGGUCCAAUGGACCAAGUCUUCUGUAUGCAGGCUGGUAACCUGUGAAAAUAAUAAUAACUUUAUUUUUGGUAUUGGAAGGAUUCUGUAUGGACGGAUGAGAAAUAAAACUGGAAGCAAAACACAGGGGAAGUCAGCCGCUGGGACACGCAUGGCUAUUGUAUUGAGAUUCCUUGCUGGCUCACUGCCUGAAGAGAUUAGGAUGUUCCUGGAUCUACUAUUUGAGCCUGUGAAGCACUUUGGCAAUGGUAUGGCUUGUACACGAGAAACUUUUUAUCUAAUGGCGAACGUGGCUAGUAAGAGCCCAACAGGAUCAAAGCUAGGAAGGGCCCAAUAGUAAAGGAGUACGCUAGGUGACGAUACACUGCAAUAUUUUGUUGCUUCUUUGUAGCUUAUAGCCUGAACUGUAAAAUACAGUGUUUUGUUGCAUGUCUAACUUGCUUCGGUGUUAAAACCAUGUAUCUGGGCAUCAUGCGUGAUAAUGAAGCUGCUUUGAGAGUUGAAUUGAGAGUUUUAAGGAGAAUGGAUUGCUGAUUUUGAUUGGAAAAUUAGGGGGGAAAUUGGGAGAUGAUUCCUCGGGCAGCUGAUUUAUUUGCUAUAUUUGUUUUGGGUGGUUCUUGAGAAUAUUUUAAUCCGGUUCAAAUCUUUGCAAUGGGAUGAGUUCGCUUUGCUCCGUCUCAGCUUCUGCCAGCCUAGGAGUUCAAAAGCACACUAGUGCAAGUAGAUAAAUAGGUACUGCUGCGGUGAGAAGGUAAACAGCGUUUCCGUGCGCUCUGGUUUUCAUCACGGUGUUCCAUUGCACCAGAAGCAGCUUAGUCAAGCUGUCUGUGGACAAACACCAGCUCCCUCGGCCUGAAAGUGAGAUGAGCGCUGCAACCCUAUAGUCACCUUUGACUGGACUUAACUGUCCAGGGGUCCUUUACCUUUACCUUUUACACAUAGAGUCUGCAUUACAUUGAACUGUGAUCUCUUUUGUCUUAAGUGUGUUUUUUUGCCACUGAACAUUCCUUGUGACCCUAUUUUUACAUUUAGUAAUAGUGGGGAACAUUAGUUCUUCAUCUUGUUUGUGAAAACCUAAAAUCCCUUAAAGUGCAAUACUCUAAAUGCUUACUUGAGUGUAAGCAGCACUAUGUUUAGUGGGAUUUAGCUCCCAAGGGCAAAACACAUCCAUUAAGGGGUCAUUCUAAUUUUUGCCCUCUAAACCAUAUGUUGCUUCUGCUGCUUUUCCCUAGAAUUUGCUUCUUAAAAUUGGGUAUAGCAUUGCAACAGAAGCCUAGGCAUUAUUGAUUUGCUAAUUUCUGUAUCUUUAGGAGUGGGAUAGUCCAUCUUGAAAUGCACCUACCAAAACUGAACAGUACCUUCAAUCUCUGUAGCAUUAUUACCAAGAUGAUACUAUUGUUGCCACCUCCCACCCACCCCACUUCUCCUUUUUGCUUUUGGUAGGAGAUUGCCUCUCUGCAGUGCUCCAGGCAGUGGAAGAACUCGAUUUAUCUCGAGUCUUGCCUCUGGGUCGGCAGCAUAGCCUUUUCAACAGCCUGGAAGUAGUACUGAAAAACAUGGGGCAUCUGAUCAGCCAGUACCUGCCCGAGAUUUUGCAGAUUUUACUUUGCAUGAUGGCAACAGUAUCCCACAUUCUUCAGGAACGGGAAAAGGUGAGAAAUUUGCUCCUGUGUAUGCGUUCUGUUCUGUUUCUGAUGAGAAGCCCAUGGGGCAUGAUAGAGCAAGGCACGUUGCUCAUUUCAGGACCAAGGAGAGUUCCUCAUGAACAAUUUUCUCUGACCACGCUUAGUCUUUUAUGCUUUGACGUCCACUGGCAUUAAUGCAGAUUUUAACCAAUUAAUUGUAUACCUUAAAAUUCUAUCAGUUGUUAUUAAUUCUGACAUAAAUACUAGUUAAGAGUAAUAAAUAAUCUGCAUGUAAAGCUAAUUUAAAUUCCACUUGCUCGUAAACGAAACCAUAAAUCGCCCUAUUCUGUUCCAGUUGCCCAUACCGGUGGUUCCAAAUAUAAAUCAAAUAUUCAUGAGAUAGAGGGCAAUCCUGUAUUUUACCUCCCUCCAAACUAAAAGAAUAUGAAAGGAUUUCAUUUGUCCUUAAAUGCAAUUGAGGAGAGAGGUAUAAAAUUCCAGUUCUCCUUCACUGCUCCUGCUGCUGCCCUGUUGUGUACAAAACAAGCCGGAGUUUGGCUUGUGUCAUUUGAAGCUGGGCUUGUGGUUUGUAACCAAGGUUUAUGUUGGGCUUAAUACGUGGGGCUUGUUUGGAGAGAAACAUACCAUGAGACUGGGUCUGGCCAGUGCAACAAGCCAAGCUCUGGUUUAUUUCAGCCACAGCAUGAUGGCAGCAGGAGUGGGAAAGGAUUACCAUGGAAAUUUUUGAGUAAUGUGCACCUGCAUGUUGCUUUUUGACAUCAGACUAUAGUUUGGCUUAAUGUGACUUGCAAGUCCGCCAUUGCCUCUUACUGUAGCCAGGAAGUUCAAAAAGAGCAACACCCAGAAAAGUCACAGUGCAAGAUCUGAUGUACAAUAUUGCGCUCCAUGGACAUGCAGACUUUCAGACUGAGCUCAAAGCAAUCAUUUUGACAGCAGUGUUGCUGAAGUUCAUGGUAAUUAGUUUUGCACAUGAAGUUAUUCACUAACUCUUGAGACGAAAAGCUGUAAUUCAGUAACUCCAGGCUUCACAAAUAUUUUUUUCAGCGUUGCCAUUUGUUAAACUCAAUUUAACACUUCAUUAUCUAGUGAGGAAAUAAAUGCCAAUUAAGAGCCUCAUUUAUAUUCUACUGGGUCUUUUUCAAAACACAUUAGUCAUUUAUUGCCUACUAAUACUACUGUCUGUGUUAAAUGUUAACUUUGUAUAGUUAUAAAUGGAGGUGUGGGGUUACUAUUUCCUACAGUUCUCAUUUGGGGUAGAUUUUUUUUUCUUGUGGACACAGGGCUAGCUAACAAAUUGCCACUUGAGGUUAAGAUGCUUCCUCGCCAUGCAGAUCUCACAUAGAGAAACUAGCCAGGCUGGCUGUUGAAUCUUACAUUCGUACUCAUGGUGGUCUCCACUUUCAGCACCUGCUGCUUGAGGCAGCUAUCUCACACCGCCUAGCUUUCAGGCUGGCCCUAGGUGGGCUUGUCAUCUCCAGCAUGCUUGCUUUUCGCUCUCGUGCUAUGCAAACAGAUCUCAAUAUCUUUAUUUGCUGUGCAAUAUAUCUAUGGACUUUAAAAAUGUAUUGGGGUUUUUUUUGGGCUAUUAUUUCUUUUCUGCUCUUACGUUAUAAACCAUUCUGUGAUCUUUGGAUUAAAGUUCUUUAUAUAAAUUUACAUUAAUACUCCAGAGACAUGCAGCAUUAGUGUAACUCGGACAGAGGCAAUGCAGACAUAUGGGUACUGCUUGCAGUUCAGAGGACACAUUCAGUAACUAGUCUUUUAAAUCUUAGGUGGUAAAGAAUAACUGCCCUUUAAAUGUUUUGCUUAAGAAGAAGAAGAAAAAAGACCCUCACAGGAUUGUUAUGAUUUGUUUUGCAGAUUCAACUCAAAUUAAUUAACCCACUGAAAAAUUUGAGGCGGCUUGGACUUAAACUUAUAGCAGACUUUUUCUCUGACUUCAAAACGUACAACUUUAGUGUGGAAGAGAUUGAUGCAGUUUUUCAUGCGGUGGUUUGGCCCCAGGUAAGGGCAUCGUGAAGGUGGAGAGUUGCUUGCUUUCCUUUACUUAGGCACAUGUCUCAAGUGUCCUCUGGCAUCUUCCAAACUGCACAAAUGACUUGCUUUGGAGUGAAAGCGGUAUUUGGGUCAAAGGACAGAGGGCAUGCUAGGAACAAAAUAUCUAAUUUUAUUAGAGUGGCUGGGAAAACCCAGCCAGGUGGGCAGGGUAUAAAUUAUUAUUAUUAAUAAUAAUAAUAAUAAUAAUAAUAAUAAUAAUAAUAAUCAGUGUAUCCACUCAAGCUACAGUCCAGAAGUAUGUAAAUUUAAUCCAAGUACAAUGUAAACUGGGUUUGUCCUUUCAUAAACAGCACGAGUUUUAUUGAAUUUAAAGGCUUUUGUCUAUAUCAUCUCCACAAAACUUGAAUGUGACGUCAUGUUUAUAGUUGACAAAUGUAAAGUUUCAAUUUUGUUGGGUGAGAUUAUCAUGUUCCUAAGUCAAUGCCACAUCUUUGUUGGGAGAAACUGUGUCACUGAGUGGCACCCGCCACUCGUCUCUCUCUCUGUUACCAUACUGUGGCAGUGUGCGUGCCACAACAGCUAGACCUACUGCCUGAGGUCCAAGGGAGUGGGAACAGAUCUGCCAUGCAUGACAGGAGCCCUCUCAUGCCACAACAGUCUUAAGGUCGUGGAAGCUGUCACCCAUCUACACUGCAGUAACUCUUUGGUCAAGCCUCACAAAUAUAAUGAAACAUAAAGCAAAUAUUGGAUACUUCUUUUUAGAUAAAACUAGGAAGAAGUCUCCUGUGAGCAUGUGCUGGCUCACCUCUAAGUAUGUAACAGGAAAAAAUGAUGGUUCCUUCAGACUAUAACCUUUCUUCACUAGUCUACCUGUCUCAGGUACUUGGAGAUGGUCCCUUUAAUGCUAGACUGCCUUAGCUGUGGUGGGUGUAGAGAAGCCAUAACGGCAACAUUCAUGGCUCCACUCAUCAUUAGCAGUUUUGUUCUUGAUGUUAGUGGAGGCAGAAAUACCUGGCUUAGCUCUUAGUGUUGUGGUGAAAGGAAGAUAAAUGCAAACAGUAAAUUGUUCCUUCAGAAGCAAAUCGUGAGUAUACUAAUGCUUCUUCUUUUGCAAACAUCUCUACCAAGACAGCCUCAAUAUUUUGCCCCGAUUUUAUUUUCUCCUGUUUUGUUCCCUCAGAUCCUCAGGUUGGCCUCUGAGAGCCAAUAUUCUCCUACUCUCUUACUCAAAAUCAUUCACAUAUGGAGCAGAAGCCCCAGGUAAAUUACUUUCUUCUUAAUGAAACAGUGGAUCGUGGUAUAACUUUACUAUACUGCUACUCAGGUGUGUGUGUGUAUAUAUGUAUCUAUGUGUAUAUAUAUAAGUCAGCUGCACUUUUAAUCUAAAGUUUAUGUUGGUUGUUUAUAGGGACCAUAUACACAGGUACAGUGAUAAGCACACAUCUUGUUUAUUUAACACAAUUUAUAUACUGGUAAAUUGAUGAUGGUAUCCUCUUGACAUUUUCAUUUUCAAGUUAGCAUUACGGCUGACUUGGAAUGGGGCAAGGGGCAUGUUCUCUGCAAAUGUUUCAGGCCCUGAAAUACUCACCUCCACCUGUUGUCCUCCUCCUCCUUUUGACAAUUUUUGAGACUCUGAACAGUGAAGAAGAAGAAAAAGGCUGGGAGUUGUAGGAACGUAAGAGAAACAUAACAAGGACAAUUCUGGAGUUUCACCUGCUUUGGUUCCUACUGUGACCUUAUGGAACAUUCCUUCAAACUUGUGAAAGAGGCAUCUCUACUCCCCACUCCCCAGCUUUUGAACUUGAGGAGAGUCUGCUGGAUCCUUUUUCUGGAUCACUGACUUAGGCCUUACCUGUUGGGAGCUUCAUUCUAAUGUUGUCACUAGUCAUUUUGCUAGAGUUAGAUAUUGCUACAUCAGUAUUUUUCUGCCUGUUUGUUGCCUUUCCCUCAGGUAUUUCCCUUUGCUGGCCAAGCAAAUGCCAGGACAUCCAGAAUAUGAUGUGUUAUCCAAUGUGUUUGCUCUGCUUUCGGCCAAAAGCUUGUGUGAGGCAACGGCUGGUGUUGUGAUGGAUGUGGCUGACAGUCUUCUAAACACUCCUGACUUGGAGCCCGAUGACGAUAUUUGCAGCUUGACAGUGACAGAUUGUGUCUUCCAAGAAGUUGAUGAAACGACAGAAGGUACGGGUGGUUAGGCGCCCGAAUCUAUUGCAAGUGAAUAUUUUCGAAACUGCUUGUUCCAUUUUGCUUGUGUGCUAGAAAUAGAAACAAAUUUGUGAAAGAAAAUAUUCUCAGCACCUACUAGACGGUGCAUUGUAGUUAUGUUCUGUAGACUUCUUAUAGUUUCAUUUUUACUGGUUUUUAUUGCCUCCCUUAGAAGUACAUGUAUUAAAGGGUGAGAUGGAAAUUCAUUUGUAAAAACUCAUAAUAAAUAAAUGGGUUGUUGGCGGGGCAGAGUGACUUUCAUUGAGAGCUGCAUUACCAACUUCUCUCAUGGUGUGUCUCGUGUUUUUCCUCCCAAUGUUCCCAGUAUUGUUUCACACAGAUUCUCACUGGGUAUGUUCUCUGCCCUACCCUCAAAACUAGGUAUCACUUGUAAUUGAUUUCAGUUUGUAGUUUGGGCCUAUAACAGUCAACAGUUGAAGAGCCCUCUUAUACUAGUAAUUUGAUCUCCAGAUUUAGCUUUCACUUCAUCCUUAGAGCAGAAGGUGCAAUGGCACCCAAUGGCCAUUGUACAGGUCAGUCUAGACUAAAUGCUGGUUUUUGUGAAUUCCGGCGCAGUAUUCCGUUCAUAGGCCUGUCUGUCAGAAAAGGAAUGGAGCAAUUCUGUAGCUCACACCCAAAAGGUUCCUUUCCUCUGUUUCUUUCUUAAAGCAUUUCUAUCCCACCUUUCAGUAAUAAAAUCACCAAAGUAACUUAACAUCACUUAAAGCACUCAAAUAGAAUAAUAAAAGAGCAGUAAAAGAGCAGGGCAUAGGGACAGCUGAUAACAGCACUAAAACCAUAGAAAAGCAUGGGGACAUGAAAACUGUAUUCACAUACAAAAACCAUCAGGCAACCACAUAAGGGAAGGGAGCUUUACAGCUGAGGUGUUGCAGCCACAGAGCUGGGUUUCCAAUGAACAGGAGUUCUGAUGGAAAGGGUAUAUUGUCCCAGAGAAACAGAACCAACAGAAACUCCUAGCACUUGAGAUAAAAGAUGGGCCUUUAUUAAAAGUGUUACAUUGUGGUAAAGGACAGUGCACAGGUAUUUGUUUGGUUUUUUUCCCCAGACACCUGUUUAUAUCCUGGCUUGAAGGAUCUCUGUCAGUUUUCAGCUUGCUUGAGAUAACAGAUCCACUUCAAGAGCAAUGACCAGCAAAUAUUAUUGACUAGUGUGUUUUUGAGCAGCAAACAUAUACAUUUCAUGUUGGCUAAAUAAUUUAAAUUAAAGCAUUGUUCAGUAACUGGAUAGCAAGUUCCCUUGUCUCCUAAUUAAUCCCUUUAGUAGCAACUUCUACUACAUUCAGCGGUUUCCCAGGAAAUGUGCUAGUUUCCAAACCAAUAUUUUCCCACGUUUAGCCAUAAUGAUAGUAUUUCUGGGAGCCGUAUAGUAAUAUCUGUUAACAAGCUGCAUUUUUAGUUGUCAGACAUUUUAUUAUGGCAUAUAGGUUAUUGUUGGCUGAUAUAAACUCCUAUUUCAUCAGGUUAGCCAAGUCAGGAGGUCUUUUCAUAUAAAAUAUAAUAUGAAGAUAUGGCCAGCUUGCCCGUCUCUUUGAUGUCGUUCCAUCAUCAUGUGCAGGCUUGUGGAAAUUGCUUCCACUCAGGGACACACAAACACACCACUUGGUGCCACAUCCCAUCAGCAGGAUCCCUCCAUCCUUGGGAGAAGCUCCUGGGUGGGCUGCUGGGAGAAAGGGCAGGGAGGAAAGAGGACUUCCACCUGCCCACUUUAGUGCACUGGAAUCUCUGGAUUCAACUCACUGCAUUUUUUUUAUUAUUUCUGUUACCUGCUUUGGGUAGUAUAUGCAGAAAAGUGGGAUAUAAAUGGAAAUAACCCCAGAACAAUUGUUAUACUGUUUGUGAGGAAUUGGAUGAUAUUCUUUAGUUUUUCUGCUUGGAGUACUUAACAUCUCUGAAUGGUAAAUAAACUCACUAUCUCCCUUGCAGAUGUUCCCACCACAGGUGUGAAGCUGAUUCUCCCCCAUGUGCCUGCAAUCCUUCAGUAUCUCAGCAAAACUAUGUUCAGUGUGGACAAGAUGAAGAAGAAGAAGUACAGAGCACAAGUCAGCAAAGAACUAAACAUCCUUUCAAAGUAAAUAGUUCCUUGGUACUGCUAAGAGUACUGAUUUAUAUAGGGUCCCUUAAAUUUUUACUAUAUAUGUAUAUAUAUAUAUAGGGGGGGAGGAGUAAAUUUACAUACAGUGGUACCUCCGGUUACGAACAGGAUCCGUUCCGGACGUCUGGCCGCAUCCCAAGGAAUUCGCAACCGGAGGACUGCUUCUGUGCAUGUGCGCAGUGUGGUUUAGUCCAUGCAUGCGUGGCGAAACCUGGAAAAAUACUUCCGGGUUUGCCGCAUUUGCAUCCUGAAGUUUAUGUAUCCAGAGGGAUACGUAAGUGGAGGUAUGAAUGUACUCGCCGCUCACAUAAAACCUCAAGGAGGUGCACAAAGUAAAAUACCAUAAAGCAGUAUAAAAAUAAUCGUUAAAAAUGAUGGGUUCCUUUUAAAACAGGAAAUUAAACAACCGAAUAGACUUGUGAACAAAAAAUGUUUUCAAGAGAACCACCUGCAAGAGGCUGUCAGGAAGCUUGAGCUUUCAGGGUGGCGCUUUUUGUUGGGAGUUCACUCUGGAAGCUAUUGUAUGUAUUUCAGGCAUGGGAGGCCCUGAAUCUAAGUUUCUUGGCUCCAUGUAACUCGUAUGCAGCCUCCUCCGGGCAUGUCACCAUAGCAUAUGCCUUAUAAGGGAUCAGACUGUUCUGACUGGAUGUCUAGCCCAGUAUUGUCCACUCUGAUUGGCAGCACCUUGGACAGGAAUCUUCUGAUCCAUUCUGUGCUGGGAAUCACAAACUCUUAAUUCAUAUAUGUGUAGUUUACCUAUACACUGAUAGGUAUGCAGUAUAUACCUCUUCUUCAACUUGCAGUUGUCCAUAUUCAUUUGUGUGAAGUCAUGUGUGGACCAGAAUUUUAUUAAUGCAUUCAUGUGCCCUUUUGUAAGCAGAACAUCAGCAGCAGUUUACAUUAACAGAUGAUUAUAUUAUAGGCAAUUGAAUCGUGAUGUUGCGGUUAUAUCGGUGCAAGGCUAACCUCUUGCUUCUGUUGAAUAUAGAAUUAGCAAGUUUAUAAAGGACAAGAGUCAGAGCUCCAUCCUGAUUGGUCUCCUCCUCCCUUUCCUCCACCAGAGUAACAUGGUGCAGGUAGGCUUUGUUAUUUAUGCCUGUGGGAAGUCACAUUUCCUUUCAAGUUUGGCUGUUUUUUGGUGAACUUCUAAACUAUUUUUCCAGGUUAUCAUGAUCUGCUGCUAACUUGUUUGGGUCACUGUUAUUCAAUGUGCUCUGCUGUGCCUUUGGGAUCCCACUAUAUAUAUAUAUAUAUAUAUAUAUAUAUAUAUAUAUAUAUAUAUAUAUCAGUGUGUAUAUAUAUAUAUAUAUAUAUAUAUAUAUAUAUAUAUAUCAGUAUAUAUAUAUAUAUAUAUAUAUAUAUAUAUAUAUAUAUGUAUAUAUAAAAGAGCAAGUAUAAUGGAGUGGUUUAAAAAAAAAAGUUUGAAAGUGGGAUGUCCCUGGUUCAGAUUUCAGUUAACCUAUGUUCUCGGUGCAAACCACUUCCCAUGUUAGGAUGCCAGGCUAAUCCUGGGAUGAGGAAGCUGUGGGACUCCUGAUGUCAUUGGGCUCCAACUCCCAUCAGCCCCAGCAAGCAUGACCAGUGGUCAGGGAUGAUGGCAAUUGUAGUAUAGCAACAUCUGGAGGGCUACAGGCUAGGCAUCACCGUUCUGAAACAUAGUUGAGUAUAAAACGAACAAACCAGGGUGAGCCUUGGGCUUGCACAGUUCCCUUUCCUUCUCUGUAGCCAGGAGGAGUUUAAAAGCUUCACUUUUGCGUAAUCGUUAUCCCCCCCCCCAAUCUAAACCAAUAAACUGUAGUUAAUAUUAGCUGUGGUUUGAUUGAAACAAGCCAAGUUGCAGUCAUGGUAUAUGCAUUGAUUAAGCAAAAGCAGCAAAAUGAGCUUCUGAAGUGCUCCUCCUGCCUAUGGGGCAGGAAGAGAGGGGAGGGGAAACAUGCAAGGACAAGGCUUGUUGUGUCUUGUUCAGGCUUACUGAUAAUUGUGCUAUGCUGUAGUUUAGUCUAUAUACAGAGCAGGGUUCUUUUUUUCAAGUAUUUUGCAUUUGGAAAUAUGUAAGUUUCUUCUUGAUUAAUAUACUUAUAACUAAAUCUCUCUUGACAAUGCUGAACUGGAUUGUAUUAUGUUAUUUUUCAGUGUAAGUGAGGAAUUCUGUCAUGAUUGAUCUGUUUUUUUUCCAGGAUACUGAGAUUGACAUCCUGGAAACGGUACAAAAUCUACUGAAGCAUUGCUUGAAUCCAGCAAGUUUCCUCAAACCAUUGGCAAAAUUGUUUUCUGUUGUUCAGAACAAAUUGUCUCGUCAGACGCUCUGCAUGGUUUUUGAGGUACUGAAUACAGUAGUAGCACAUUUAUAGCAUUUUUGUUAGCGAUUGCUCAACACUACAGUGGUGCCCCGCAAGACGAAUGCCUCGCAAGACGAAAAACUCGCUAGACGAAAGAGUUUUCCGUUUUUUGAGUCGUUCCGCAGGACGAAUUUCCGUAUGAGCUUGCUUCGCAAGACGAAACGUCUUGCGAGUUCUUGCGAGUUUGUUUCCUUUUUCUUAAAGCCGCUAAGCCGUUAAAAGCCGCUAAGCCGUUAAUAGCCGCUAAGCCACUAAUAGCCGUGCUUCGCAAGACGAAAAAACCGCAAGACGAAGAGACUCGCGGAACGGAUUAAUUUCGUCUUGCGAGGCACCACUGUAUUUUGGUUGUGAGGUGAACCUGAUCCAUAAUGAUUUCUCUGAGUGUCCAUUUCAAGCUAUGACCCUGCCAUGCUCUUGGGGAUGUCAUUGGGAUCAUUGAGGUCUUCCCAGUCCCAAAUGCCUCUGCAGUCCCUUGAGAGGCUAUCCAAUCCCUUUCCCCUGACUGCUUCCUUUUUUCUUAGUGGUUGGGCAAUGGACUUUCAAAAUGGCCUCCUGAGCCUCCAGGAACUGUGGGAAAUGUAGUGGAUGGUGAUGAGUUCUAAAACUCAAAAUGUUAUGAGUGGAUAAUGGAAGAGCUGGUUAGAUUCUAGUCAAAUACAUACAAAGUGUGGUACGCUGGAAAGAAAGAAUGGGGCAUCUGAAUUUUGAAUACUGUGGCCACUUCUGGUUGUCCUGUUUUUUUUUAAAGUGAAAUGUAGAACUGGAGAAUGUUCAGAGAAAAGCGCUGUUAAUGUGACAGUAGAUGAUACAUGUGUGAAAUAAUUCUAGGUUUGUUAAGUUUGCCUUUUUAUUAUUUUUCCAUUUUUUAUAGACUUUAUCAGAUUUGGACAGCAAUCUAAAAUACAUUACAGAUACAGUUAAGGUAUGUAAUGUUUCACCUGAUUUACUUCUAAGAAAUUUUCUGUCAUCAUUUUGAUUUUUAUAUCUUUAUUAAACCUCUUGCCCUUUGUAGCUGAAUGCUUUUGAUCCACGUCAUCUUGAUGAUAUAAAUUUCGACAUUCGCUUGUCAGCAUUUCAAGACAUCACUUCUCAUAUCAAGGCAAUGAAAACAGUGGAUGUUGACUACCUUAUUCCAGUAAUGCAUAACUGUUUCUAUACAAUACAGGUGAGCCCAUGCCCACGUGGAAAAGAUCUGUCCUUUAUGGUAGAGCUCCUGGAAAUGUAUUCUCUUUUUUUAAAAAAAAAUAUUUUGAUCAUUUGGGGAACUGAAAAAUACAUUUAUCUUCAUAUCUUUCCCCUUAUACCAUCAAUGAGAUUAAAAAUUCCUGCUUUAUUAUUUAGUAAAAAAAAAAUUAGAAUAUUCCUUUUGAACCCAGAAGGCACCUCCGCGAAAGUUAUGCAUGUUUGCAAAACAGCCAUAAGCUAUUUUAGGUGAGCAUUAUAAUUACCUUUUGGAUGCUAUAUGAGGAAAUACCUGCAGCAGCAUAUAUCUCAAGAGAGGUAAGAGAGUUAAGGAAGAACCAAAAAUAAUCUUACAUCUAAGAUGGCGGCAGCUUUCAGAAUCUCUGCUUGUUCCAUUGCCUCAGCCUGAUGCUCAUCGAUUCUCCCCACCCUCCUAGUAUCUCCCCCCCAAGGGCCACAAAUUGGCUUUUUCUGAGGGUCCCCAGGGGCUUAAGAAAAUACAUUUUGACAGUAUUAGGGGACAGCAUAGGAAAUCCCUGUUUGUGUGGACUUUGGCUGUGUUUUAAAAGAUAGUAAGCACGUGGGUUAUCAUUGCCAGCUCUAAAAUGACAAAAAAAGUCUUUUACUUCACAGAAAAAUAUGACUAUGUGAUUGAUUCAUAGUGAGCUUCGUAACAAUUUUAUGGUACUUUUUACAUAUGGCUUGCAAAUAUUUAAAGCUUCCAGGUCUAUUGCUCCCAUUACAACUGCUCUGAGUUGUUGUCGGGGGAGCUGGUUUAUGUUUUAUCAGUUAUUAUAUUCACGCGUAUUUCUGAGUCUUUUUUAAUCUACGGUUUCAGGGUCAUCUCUUGUAAUCUCAGCUGCCAUAAUCUUUUUCUUUCUUUAGUUAGGAGAGAUGUCUCUAAGUGACAGUGCCAUCCUCUGUCUGAAUGCUAUUAUCAACCUAUUUGCUGAAAUCAGUCAUGCAGAAGAGGAAUACAAGGAAAUCAUUCAGCACACUCUUCUAGAAGCUUUGAGAAAAGGGCUGAAGAACAAGACUGAGGUAAAAAGCUGGUUGUUAUUUUUAAUUAUAUGCUGUUUAAUGCCAAAAUAGGCUUCUUGGUGAUUUAUAGAAUAUAAAACCCAGUUAUAUAACACGAUUGAAGUAUUCCAUAAUUCCAUUUCCCAUGAAACAACUCCAUUAAAACGCAACAAUUAAAACAUGAAACUCUGGUCAAGAGAUCAAGGGAAUGCCUGUGUGGACAGGUGCAUCUUCAGCACCUGUUGGGAUGCCUCUCAUAUUUCAGCAGAGAGUGUGUUCCAUUGGUGGAAAAGCCCACCUCCACAUCACCACAAGCCGAUAAUCAUCAAGCCGACUGUUGUCUGACUGCUGUUACAUUUCAGGAGGAAACAUUACUGUGAAAGAGAAUUGUACAAGUGAUGCCCUAUUCUAGUAUUUUGAAAUGAGACAGGGCCGUGGGCAGGCUUCUCAUUCAACAAAGCACCCAAUGUGGCUAAUGAUAAGAUGCAAAUAUUUUAAAAAGCAUAAACAAAAUGCUUCUGUAUUGUUUCUAUAAUUCUACCUUCAUUCCUUCCUUGCUCAGUGUGUUUACUCCAGCCCAACAUGUUGACGAGUCCAAAAUAUGGCAAAUAAGCUAAAUUCUAGGGGAGGGGUUGAUACAAUGGUGUGGUGAGGAUGUGGGGCCACGUGAGAUGUCUUGCCAUGUGCUACCACCACACUUCCCUGACAUUUUCAUUCAAAUAACAGCAGGAGUAGUUCAGGUACCAAUGUAAAUAUGUAGAGCCCCUGAUGUAAACAAAAAUCUGUUUAGGAAUGUUUAAUAUGUAUGGAUGUCAGUCUGGUCCCAAAGGGAGAAAGUUUCAAAAGUAUAAUUCUGGUUUUUGUGUGUGUUCUUGCAUGGUUGUUACUGCUCAGUGUAUUUCUAAAAAAGAAAUAAUCAAAUGGCUGCAUUAAAAAAAAACACACCAAGCCACACAUUUGCACAUUUCCCUUGGUAUUUUGUUACUUGCUGCUUUCAGAGCAUUCAGCAGGAUUACACAUCAUUGCUCUCCAGCUUGAUUCGAGCAUUUUCAAACCACCCAGAGUUUCAGGACUUGGUCCAGCUGACGGACAUUCAUGAUCCAGAGAUGGACUUCUUUGAAAAUAUGAAGCAUAUUCAGGUAUAAUGCAAUCUUGUUCUUGCCAGUGGACAAUAGUUGUAUGGUAGUGGAAAGAUGGUAGAUACUUCAUCUGCUUCUGUGAAUGUAAAUCUUUGCAAGUGCUGCCUCGUUUUUCAGUCGCAAAUCGUUGAUCGUUGUGAGAAUAAGAAGUCUCUGCGUGUGUGUUUUGAUUUAAUGGCUAUAAUGUCAUUUACACUAUUUUAGCUCAUGCUAAGCUUUGCUGUUAAUGUCACAUUUAAAAGGCAGCAGCUAGAAUUGUAUGCAUUUAAUCAGAAUGUAUUUUCUCUUAUUCAGUGUCUGUUUGAGAAAUAGACAGAAGUGUGUUGUAGUAAGAUGCUCAUCCAAAAAGGUGUCAUUUCUCCCCCUCUCGGCUGUUAAGAGCUGGUGAAACUUUUGAUAGAUUAUGACACCCGAACCUCCUAGGUCUACUGAAUUAAAUAUGGGCCCUCACUCAGUGAAAACUUUUGUAUCUCUCUUAGAUCCACAGAAGGGCACGCGCCUUGAAGAAAUUGGCUAAGCAACUAGCUGAAGGCAAAAUCACACUCUGUUCCAAAUCUCUUCAGAAUUACAUUAUGCCUUACGCAACUACUACUAUCUUUGAUGAGAAAAUGCUUAAGGUGAACUUUUAGCAUACAAUGAUGGGAACUACUUUUAUUUCAUAGCCCUUAGUGGCAUAUUUCUGUAAGUGCAACAGGAUGAUUUCCCUUUUCAUGAGGAGAAAAUAAAGAGUGUUGGGAUUUGAGUUGAGAUUUUUUAAAAUGAAGUACCUCCCCUGCAUGGCACUUAUUUGAAAUGUUUGUUAAGGCUCUUAUUUCGAGCUGCCCUUUUAAAGAAGGAACAGUGCAUAACAAUUUGUGGGAACUAAACUUUGCAGAGUUCUUCUUUGUCUGAUAUCUUCAUAAUUUAGUUAUUUAUACAUGUACAUGUAUUUAUACAUACAUACAUACAUACAUACAUACAUACAUAUCCUGCAGUUCCUCCAAAUAGUUCAGUGAGAGAGGCCUACAUAGUUCUCUGUACCCCUUCUCCUCAUUUGGAAGAAUUAUUUAUACAGCAACCCUGUGAAGUACCUUAGGCUGAAAAGAAUGUGACUUCCUCAAGGGCACCUGGUGAGCUUUAUGGCUGAGUGAGGACCUGAACCAAAAGCUCCCUACUUUUGGUCAAACGGUACCAGGGACAGAUAAUUGGUGCCUUCAAGAUGUUGCUGUACUACAACUUCCAUCAACCUGACCAUUGGUCAUUCUAGCUAGGGCUGAUGGGAGUUGUAGUCUCAACAUUUGAAGGACACCACAACGGCUAUCACUGCUCUAACCACUACACGACACACCUCACAACUUCUGAAUUUAAUAAUGAGGGGGAAAGCUUCAGAUAGGUCUCUGAAUAUUGCAAAGCAUGUUGCUUCCUUUGGGUAUUUUAAUGUGAAAGUGUUGGGAUAGGUUUUCUUUCGCCAUGAUUUUAAGGGAGUGUUGGGGAUGUGGAAGGAAGCUUCUUCUAGCCUGCAUGGGCUUCAUUAGUCUAGGCAAGGCUUUUGUGCUGCUUGAAACUGGGAAGACCCUAAGGGUUGUUUUCUGUUCCUCAGUAUGAAAAUAUGAUAACUGCUUCGGUUGAAAUGGUAGGAGCUGUUUGCAGACAUCUUUCUUGGUCAGCGUACCUCUAUCACUUGAAACAUUUCAUACACGUCUUGCAGACUGGACAGAUCAAUCAAAAACUGGGCGUCAGGUACUGUAAAUGUCGGUUUUAAGGUUUAUCCUGUAAUCCUGUGUGCACUUACCAAGCAGCAUAGUGGGACUUGUUUCUGAGCAACCUUGCAGGGGUUUGCAAUGCCAGUCACUCCAUACUGAUAGCAUUAAUAAGAAAAUUGACACACAAGGAUAGUAUCUCUGUGGACUGUUUUAGAGCUGUCGUUUUAACCAAGCUGAUGACUGUGUUAAUGGGAGCAUUGAACUUCAGUCUGCGUGAAAAGAGAGCUUUAUGUUCCAAGCACUUUUAAUUCACUUUGGCCAGAUAUCAAAGAACUACUUUAGGAAUGCUUUUGUCCAAAGUGAUUUUUGCUUGCGUUCUUUGAACGCUAGAUUCCACUCCUCUCCCAGUGCUAUACUGCACUUUGCUUUUUGAGUGUACCCUCUGUUUUAAAGACUUACCAUGCAGCCUAGGGAGCACCUGUUCAAGAAACUCAAGCCCAGUGCCCCCAUAAGUAUUCACUUGAGCAGUUCUUUUAGUCCAGUCCUUUUACAAAUAGAAAAGUUGUACGUUUUGGGGAUUUUAGCACCUUUUAUUUCUCUCCCCCGCCCCUUAAUCUGUUUGACAGUGUGCUAGUUAUGGUGCUGGAGGCUUUUCACUUUGACUACGAAACUCUUGAAAAGCAGCUUGAGAUGAUUCAAAAGGAAGGUAAGGUUCUGAUUCCUGCAUCUGGUGGAGUGGGCUCCAGCUCCUGUAAGGUUAUGCUUCUCACGAUAAAUGUUGGUAGGCUUUAAAGUGCUGUGACUUUUUGCUACAACCUGUUAAUGCUGCACCCUCUUUAGCAUCUAAUGCAUUGUAACUCUGAUCGCUGCUGACCUAGACGGCUAUGUUCUACCGCCAGCCCUGGAGGCCGUAAUACUUGUGAAGGCCAGUUGCUGGAGACUGUGGGAAGAAAGAGUGCUGCUGUGCCCAACGUCCUGCUUGUGCCCUUUUUAUAGGCAUCUGGUCGGCCACUGUGAGAACAGGCUGCUGGACCAGAGGGGCCACUGGCCUGAUUCAGCAGGCUGUUCUUCUGUUCUGAUAUAAUAAUAAAUAAACUUGCAUGACCAUUAUUACUCUUUGAAUGCAAAACACAGGGCCUGUUGUUUCAUUAUGCAUUUUAAAAUCUCUGCUUUCUAUUUUAAAAAGUUAAUUAUUGGGUUUCUAGUUCAGAAUAUCUACGUAAUGCCCCAGUCUUAAACCUAUGUGGAGUUAUAAAUAAAGCAGGGCCAGGCCUGCUUAUUUCCCAUCUCUGCUCUGUACUAAUAAGGAAUCCUUCUCUGAGUGUGAAUCAUAUUCACGAGGCACAGAAUUCUGGCUAACAGUUGGGGAGAGUGGGAAUGGAAUGGGGAAUCCUGGAAGAGGGGUGUGGCCUGCUAAAAUCUUAAACAGGAGCGCUCUAGAUUUUGUCCGUCUUGUUCCAACAAAGGACUUGAUCGACAAGCAUCAAAGCCUUUUUCCCUCUUGAUUAUGCUAGCAGUUGCAGAAGCCAUGGACACUGAAAUGGAAGUGGAGAAUGAAACAAUGGAAGUGGAACUUAGUGAUGGAGAAGAAGACCAAGAAACCACCAAGGACCUUUCUAAAGAUGCCAGUGAACAAACAGAGCCUGUUUCAUCUUUGUCUGCUCCAUCCACUAAUGAAGAAGACAAAAAAACCCAGAUCGCUCUGAAACCAAUUUCCUUCCUGCCUAAGGAUAAGGAAGAGUUGAAAUGCUUGAUAAAUCAUAUACAAGAAACAGUACAGGGAAACAUCUUGCCCAAAUUGCACAAAUGUCUCAUUGCAAAGGUACAUUUCUGAGUUUCGGGUUUUAUUUUUAAAUAGUCUUUAGUACAUCUUGAUUCUGGGAGCUAAACUAGAUGAAUUGUCAUUCAGCAAAAUAGCAAGUGGCUUUUAAAUUGUGUGAAUGGUCCUCACGUGGGUGACCAGUCCGGGUUAGGACUGAGGUGGGCGGCAUUAACAUUUUGUCCCCUCCACCUCCUAUUAGCAUUAAAAGAAAAGCUCCCAUUUAUGCCAGUUGUGGCCCUUGGUACCAAAGAGAUGCUCUGAAUACCCCUUUAAGUAUACCAAAUGAACCUCACUUUCUCCUCAUAACAACCUUGUGAGGUAGGCUAGACAGAGUUUCGGCUCCAGUGUUGUAUUCUCUCCGGGUGUAGAUGUAAGAUCACUGUCUUUAACACCUGGCAGUUGGAAAUGCUAUUGAGUAACUUUGGAGAUGCCGGGACGCGGGUGGUGCUGUGGGUUAAACCACAUAGCCUAGGACUUGCCGAUCGGAAGCUCGGCGGUUCAAAUCCCCGCAGCGGGGUGAGCUCCCAUUGCUUGGUCCCUGCUCCUGCCAACCUAGCAGUUCGAAAGCACGUCAAAGUGCAAGUAGAUAAAUAGGUACCGCUCCGGUGGGAAGGUAAACGGUGUUUCCGUGCGCUGCUCUGGUUCGCCAGAAGCGGCUUAGUCAUGCUGGCCACAUGACCCGGAAGCUGUACGCCAGCUCCCUCGGCCAAUAAAGCGAGAUGAGCGCCGCAACCCCAGAGUCGUCCACGACUGAACCUAAGGGUCAGGGGUCCCUUUACCGUUACCUUUAACUUUGGAGAUGAUGUGUUUCUGUGCCCUGCAGGUCAAAAGAGAUGAAGAGCACAAGCUUGUGAAAUCUAAGGUUGUGAAUGAUGAAGAAGUUGUUCGGGUUCCACUUGCUUUUGCGAUGGUCAAGCUGAUGCAGACUCUUCCCCAAGAUGUCAUGGAAGAGAAUUUGCCAAGGUAUGUACAGUCUUUUCAAGUGCAUAUUAAGUUCCAUAUGGUGAAAAUCACCUAGGGAUAUAUAUAGACACAUAGAUAGCGCAUAUGGGGGGGUGUGCAUACUUGCAUAUAUAGGAUAAAUAUUGUACAAACCUGUUGGAGUGAUAAUUGACGCUUGUGUUUGGUUCUCUUCUGUUUUGCUGCUUUGUUGGCUCCAGCAUCCUCCUGAAAGUCUGCUCCCUUCUGAGGAACAGAGCACAGGAAAUACGGGAUAUUGCACGCAACACCCUGAUGAAAAUAAUGGAGGCUUUGGGGGCACAGUAUCUGCAAUAUGUCUUAAAAGAGAUGCAGUCAACCCUCGUCCAUGGUUACCAGGUAUAGUGCUGGCUUUUUUUCUUCCGCCUUCCUAUUAGAUAGGAGGAGGAGGUGCUUAUGGGCAGAGGACAUUAUAGCUCCUUAGCCCUGCUCCUUGAACUCACAAUCUGCAGUGGGCUCUCUUGCCUAAUUGAUAGCAACACCAAGCAAGCAGAAAGCAGAAUCAGUUGAGAAGUUGGGUCCAAGCUCAGGCAGUUGGAAGAAAUGCUGGAUUGUAUCGAAGAUUAAUUUAGUAGGUAACAGUUGCGGGUGGGGACUGCUGAAAGCACUAUAGCAAUCUUCUAAAUACCAUUCCAGUUGUGUACGUGUGCCAUUCUUUUAUUAGUUAUCCUUUUAAUUAACAAACACAGAGUCACUUGAUUUCUUUUGCUCAUGUAGGUCCACGUGUUGACUUUCACAAUCCACCUCUUGCUGAAGAGCCUCGCCAGCAAUCGACUUAAAGUGGGAGACUUGGAUCCCUGCGUAGAACUUAUGACCGAAGUAAGUUCUUUGAAAGCGACGUUUGCUGCGUGCGGAAAAUGCCAAGCGUAAAAGGAGCUCAUUUCAGAGAUGUCACUGCAGUCGGGAGCUUACACCUCCAGUUCCUGUAAUACCUGGAUGGAGAGAGGGUGGUGGUUGGUUGGGUGAUACCAAACCGUUGCCUUCAUGAAGGAGCCCAAGUAAUACUAGGUCCUCUUCCUUCUUGACUAGUUGCACAUUUUAUCAGAUCUUUUGUUUCUUAAAGGGAACACUCUUAUGCCCAGUCAGAUCAUGGGUCCAUCAGCUCAAUAUUGUCUGCGCUGACUGGCAGCAGCUCCCCAAGGUUUCAACCAGGGAACUCUCCUAGCCCUAUCUGUCAAUGCUGGGGGUUGGACCUGAGACCCUCUGGGUGCAAAGCAGAUGCUGUAGAAACUGAGCUCAUCCCUCACCCCUAAAGAUGAACGUGUUGGACCUUUCGUUGUUCAUGUCUGAAAAGGUGGAUGCAAAAUUAUAACUGCUGCUCUACUGCUACUUACUGCUAACACUUUCCUCCGUGUCUUCUGAAAAGAUUUUCAACCACGAACUGUUUGGGGAAGUUGCAGAGGAGAAGGAGGUGAAAGGCAUAGUUUCCAAAGUCAUGGAGGCUCGCAGAAGCAAGAGCUAUGAUUCUUAUGAAAUCCUUGGCAAGUACAUAGGAAAAGACCAAGUGACUAAGCUCAUUCUUCCAUUGAAAGAGGUAAGGUAGAUUUUCUCUCUCCAAAAGAGAAAUUUGGCAGUGGCAUGAUAAACUACUAAAAUAUGGAAGAAUAACGGGAGGACAGACUGUGACACCAUGAAGCAUCUUUAUGGGAUCAUGCUACCGAUAUAGAAACAGAUGUGUUAGUUUAUCAUGGUAUGCAGACUUUGCAAACAUCAUGUGUCUUUCGGAAAUCAACAGCAUAUGGUCUAAGAAGGAUCUGUAACACCAGGGUUUCCGUUUUAAGGUGGCUUUUCUAAUGUCUACUUGCAGAUUUUAGAGAAUACUACAAGCCUUAAGAUGUCUCGGAAGGUACAUGAAACUUUACGCCGCAUUGUGUCUGGAUUGAUAAUGAACACAGCAAUGAGUGCAGAAACCAUCCUUCUACUCAGCCAUGGACUGAUUAGUGAAAAUCUACCACUGUUAACAGAGAAAGCAAAGUGAGUUUGUAGAAAGUUAAUUCAAAUAUAGUUGUCUUUUCUUCUGCUUGCUAGGAUGAUCAAAUUGGCCACUUCUGAAAGUGUGUUUACUCACAGAAGUAAGUUGGACUCAUUUUUCAGGAUUGCUCCUCUGUCGCAAAGACUGCUACUUGCAAGCCAUAUGUUGUGAAGUAAUGUCAUUAAAGUCCCAGGCUUGCCUUGAUUUUCAGUCACUCAUGAAGUUUCGAUUCAAUGUAGUUUUGAACCAAUGGAUCCAAGUUACAAGAAAGGAGAUUCUUUGCAGGAGGUUGGACUAUAGAGUCUCUUGCAACUCUAUAAUUCUAAGAUUCUCCUCUUUGCUCAUUGUGAUGUCUGUCCUCGGCCCAGAUGAAUUAAGGCCUUAAUUCUAGCUGAAAAGUUUGUUUUGUUUUCAGAACCAAAGCUCCUGCUCCUCCAGAUCCUCGUUUGCAACCAAAGAGCUGCCUCUUGCUUCCACCAGCUCCAGUUCGAGGAGGGCAGAAGGCACCUGUGAGCAGCAAGACAAACAUGCACAUUCUGGUUGAAUCAGGGCUACGGGUAUGUAAGAGGGACCCUGUGUGCUUAAAAAUGAAAUCAAAACAUACUUCUUUAUGCUUCAGUGCAGGAAUAUUUGGGGUGGGGAACAUGGCUGUGCUCUAGUCAAUUUAAUACUUCUUGUUUCCUUCAUCUGAUUGGGGUGGGGAGUAUAGAAUAUACUCCUCUGACCACUCUAGCCAUGCCCAACAUCAUUUCAUAAGGGAUGGCAGUAAUGCUCAUCUUCCCCUCAUCUCCAGCUUGUGAAAAGUUUGAGGCAGUGGGUCAAUUCAGACAUAAUGUUCCCUUUUGUCCAAGCUGUGGUUGGGAGGAUUAGGACCAUUUUUGCUGUGCUCACAUGUUUCUUCCAACCCUUGCAUGUUCUAACUUCAUUCUUUAUUAUCGGUUUAGUGACAAACCACGCUUCACCAUUACAUCGAAACUGGGUAAACUAUAACUUGCAAAAACUUUAGUUUGCCAGUGCAGGUGUUUGCUGUUAAACAGGAACACAGGGCACAGAGGAAGGUUGGGGAGAGGAGUGAGGAUGAAUGCACUGGCUUAUUUCAUGUUGUAGAAAAAUGUGGUUAUGGAGAUUUACUGCUUUAUAGCGCACCUUCCCCAUUGGGACUGUAGGGAGAUUUUCUUAGGUAGGCAUGGAGCCAUGAAUGAGCAGCAUAGAAUUGACAUUGAGGGGUGGUGAGAAUCUUUUUCUCCAUCCAUUUGCCCAGUGCCUCUGAUCCUUCAUGUGUUUCUCAGGUCUUCAUUUAAAAGCUGUAUUUCCAAGAUAUCACUGAAAUUGCAUAGCGUGUCAGUUAUCUUCUGAAGCCGUUAGCUGCUAACAACCCGAGGUUGCCCUUGAUAUAUGCUGUAAGCUGCCCAGAGGGGCUGGGAAAACCCAGUUGGAUGGGUGGGGUAUAAAUAUUAUUAUUAUUAGUCUUCUUUUAAACAAUUUGGUUUUUCAGAUCUAUUACCCCUUUUAAUUUAUGCAUUUAAUUCCAAGCACUUAUUUCCUAUUACAGCUACUGCACAUGAGUCUGAAGAGGUCCAAAAUAAAUUCCUCAGAUGAUCACACUUUAGAAAUGUUGGAUCCUUUCGUUCAGCUGCUUGUCGACUGCCUUCAGUCCACAGAUGUUAAGGUAGGAUUCUGAACUCAGUGCAAUAGCUCUAACCUCUGCAAUGCUGGCAGAUGGCAAAGUUCAGCCUGGACCAAAAUUCUUAAUUCAUUCUGUCACUAAGAUCGAUAAAGGAACUGGAGGAAAUUCUAACUUUCACAUACUGAUUGCUUAGAAUCCAGUCAAGAUCAUCGAGACUUAUUUUCCCGGUUUCUUAACUGACAUCAAACCAUGUUUCUGCAGUGCAGGUGUAAUAGGGAACUCUGGUUUAAUACAAACCAGAGUUCCCUAUUACACCUGGACUGCAGAAAUAUCGUUUAAUACAAACCAGAGUCUUUGCACCAAAGCAGACGCAUAAUAGGAGGUGAGUGAAGGAGUAGCACUUGACAUUGACACUUGCUUCUGACUCUUGAAAGACUGUCCACAUCAAUGUGAAUUGCCACUCAAGCGUGGAUUGUGCUGAGGGCUUUGGGAAAAGUGGCAUCUCUCACGUGAUCAAAAAGCUCAAGAAUUCCAGUUUCAAGGGAUUUGUGGCCGGUACAAAACAUUUCUAUAGACCCAUCUAGCUUUUUUUAUUAAUUCAUUUGUUCUCUUCGCAGGUGAUCACUGGCUCUCUCCAGUCCCUUCUGUGGGUCUUAAAGUUCCCAUUGCCGGCAGUAGACAAGAAUAUAGAGCAGCUAAUCGAGCGGCUUUUCGUUCUGCUGAAAGACUUUGCCAAGCCAGGAGCUGCUAAAGGCCAGAAUUUUCAUUUGGUUGUAAAUUGUUUCAAAGUAAGUUAUAACUGGUAGAACAGCUCAGUGUUGAUCUUGCAGAGUGCUUUUCUUCCAGACUCAUGUGCCUUUGUGACAUGGAUGAUUGGUGUGAUAGAAAACGGACUUCAGACACCUUUAGAUCUGCAAAUCGUUUUGAAAAAAUUGUGUUCACAGAACUUUUUUUUUUUAGAAAAAAAAGCUUUUAUCUAUGCAGUGAUCCUCAGAAGCUGGGAACUGCGCAGCUCCCUAAUUAGAAUAUCCAAGGGGACCGUAGGUGGAGAUGAUCCAUGCUCUGUAAUGGUCUGACCCACACAUUGUGUAGAAGUUCCAUUGCUAUGCACAUUCUGAGAUUUCAAAAUCACACUGCACAGACACUUAUCCUUGGUAACAAAAUGAGACGGCCAUGUAGCAUUUUGUCACCACCCAUAUUUUCAGUAAAAACAAAGGUUUACAAAACUUGCAGAUCACUUAAUUCUAAGGUCCCAAAGUAGUUUAAUAGCAUCAUGCCAUUGUAAAACAAUCAGGUAAAACCAUGUCGGUAAAACAAGUACAUUGCCGCAAUAAAUAAAAGUUUGUGGUGAAAUGGUUAAAAAGUCUUAAUAUUCCCUCCCCCAUAAAGUGGUUCUCACCAAUCUGACCUCUAAGUAGGGGAACAGUGAGCCCAGAGCCUUGUCUACAGAUUUUACGGCACAGCCCUAUGAGGUUCCAUUGUUUUUUAAUGGGGCUUAUUCCCUAGUAAAUGUUUUGGAUUGCAACCCGAAUGGGUAGGGAGGUGAUGAUCACACAACACCUGUAGAGAGCGCCCUACAAGCUCUCAGGGGACUCUGAAUCUUGUAGAACAUUCUGUAAUGGUCAUGUUCAUAAGGCUAAAUUUUAAUUACAGUGUGUAACUCUGCUUGUGAGGAAUGCAAAGAGUCACAUAACAGAGAAACAACUACAAGUGUUGCUUGGAUAUGCUGAAGAAGAUAUCUACGAUUCAUUACGACAGGCCACUGCCUUUGGCCUCUUAAAGGUAUCACUUGCACUGUAACAAGUUGUCUUUUAAGAAUCAUUUGUUGAAAUGGAGAUGGAAGUCUCAAAUCUUUUUCCGAGUGUAUAAAGCUGGUAGUUUUGUUUUGGGCAAAAUUGUUUUGGGCAGAUGUGUAGAAAGCGGAUCAAAAACAAUGAAAAAACAUGAGUUUCAAAUUGUAUUUAACACAAUGCAGAACACAAUCAUGACUCAGUCAUACGUUUUUCUCUUUUCAAACAGGCGAUUGUAUCCAGAAAACUGGUAGUUCCCGAAAUUGAUGGUGUUAUGCAGAAGGUUGCAAACUUCGCUAUCACAGGGCAAAAUGAGCAAGUUCGAAUCCAGUGCAGACAGGUUUGUAGAAGUUAAAGGGGGGGGGGAGGCGUGCUCAUGCCCUUUUAUCCUAGCAACUGUUUUUCGUCAGCUCCCAUUUUAUCAAUUAUUUUAUAGCUGGCAACAGCACAAAUUUGGUAUUUUUGUGUUUUAACCAGUUGUUUAUUGUUUUCUUCCACCCACUCCCUCAGAUUUACCUGAAAUAUAUUCUCGAUUAUCCACUUGGUAAGAAGCUGAAAACCAACCUUGAGUACAUCUUUGCCCAACUCAAGUAAGUGCACAGAAAUUAUUGUUUAUUUUCUCAAUAAAGGAAAAAAAUAGAAACUACAAGGCUGGGCUUUCCCCUCUGGUCAGAAUGGGGACCCUCAACACAGUGUUUGCAGUAAUAGAGCCAUGCAGGGCCAAGACAUUAGGAUAAAACCUCAGUAGAGUAUUGGAAGCAAAUUAUAUCUUCUGUACACUGCACAUGUUCACUCAUUGGUUAUGAAGUUUUGUUCUAUGUUCCUGUUGACAUUUUUUUUUCUUUGUAUAUGAGCACAGGAAGCUGUGUUUUACCCUUUACCUAGCUAUGUGCUGUGUAUUCUGACUGACAGUGACUCCCCAGGGUCUCAGGUGGAGAUCUUUCACAAGAAAAGUUGUGAUGGGGGAAGAAAGUGGUUUGUCACAUAUAACAUCUCAGAUUCCAGUGAUGACCAUCAUAUGUAUUUAACUUCCUGUUCGCAUUCAGCUAUUAAAGAAAAGACACAUCAACAUUCUUCAAGGCCAGGUGUUUGCAAAAGCAAGGUGUAAUAUGAAAAUAUAUGCUAUGCUGUGUGCUUUUCUUAAAUACCACUCCUAAGUCCCAAGAGAUGCAAAGGAACUUAACUUCUGAUUAAACAUGUGUAGGAUUGUGCUAUUAGUGUGCCAAAAAUCAUUGCAAGUCUUGAGGACACUGACCAUACUGUUCUGUUGUUGCCCUAGUUAUGAAUAUGAGACAGGGAGAGAAUCUGCUUUGGAAAUGAUUGCUUACCUCUUUGAAAUGUUCCCCCAGGUAAUGUAUAACUGCAUCACAAACUUCCCACCUUUACCGUAUUUCAGCUUGAACCCUAGAAUAUGGCAUUUCAUAUAAGGCAUUAAGGCUGGAUGGGAAGUAUUCCCAUUGAAUUUGGCAGGAUUUACUUUUGAGAAAACAUGUAUAGGACAUGGGGCGCUGCUCACAUACAUUUUCCUGAGCGUGUUGCUGUGUUGCCUUUUCAGAGUAUGCUAGCAUUGCUGAGGACAAAUACGGCCUGCAUGGCUUGAAUUUCAUGUUCAUUUUUCUUUCUCUGUCACAUUUGUAACUGCCCUUCUUAUGAAGGGUUUGAGGAAGCAUAGAUGCUGCUCCUCCACUUUAACUAUCACAACAACCCUGUGAUGAUGUAGAUUAGGCUGAGGAUUCAGGCCUGGAUGGAUGUACUUGGGAGAUGCCUGAGCUUUGUGCCCAUGUGGUCCACCCUCAUAUUGCCCCUCUCCUCUUUGCUGCACUGUGUUUCUGAGUCAAGGAACUGCCGUUUCACAGUUUGGAAUUAGCAGGAAACUGCGAUUAAUCAACCCAGGAAGACCUUCAGUCACAGGGCAGCAAGGGGGUGGAGCUCAUGAGCCCCAAGGCUUGUACAUACCUUGACUUCAGAAGCUGAGGGACACCUGGACUGUCCACGGACUAGGCCAGAGUCACCCAAUGAGCUUCAUGGCUGAAUGGGAAUAUUAUUUGCAGUCCCCCUUCCCCCUCUCCCCACUUUCCCAACCUGCAUUUCAGCUCAGUAUUCAUAUAACCAAUAACUGUACACUACCCUCAACACUUGUCUAGACAAGCAGCUGAAACACCCCUAGCACAGAACCAGAAGCAGGUCUGAUUGCUUUGACAGGGUGGUGUGGUGGUUGGAUACCAGCAUUUUUCAUGUAGUCUAGAGAUUGCCAACAAACAAGCUUACUGACUUCCCCUUUCUUCUUUUCAGGGUUUACUGCACCAAUUUUGUGGGCUUUUCUUUGUCCCACUAUGUAUGAUGAUUGUAAACGACGAUUCGGCAAAGUGCAAAAAGAUGUCAGCUCUGGCAGUCAAAGGUCUCCUCAGUAAGAUUAGCCCUGGAAACCGAGACUUGAUGUUUUCCCUGCUCACCUCGUGGUUCAAGAGUGACAAGGUACUGCUUAUAGCAGUAGUUUGACUACUGUCUUGUAGAGAAGUUUUUGCUAGAUGAAUGAAGACGAGACAAUGUCAAGAGGUGAAUCUUUUGGAGGAGAGAUUGUGUUCCGUUAACCUUCCUUUGCUGGUGGAAGAAUAGCACUGUAAUUUAUAGAGCCUUCAUAACUAGGCCAAUUUCUUGUGGGGUUCAAGAAUUAUGGCUGGCUGUGUGGUUGAGAAGGCAGUUGUGCCCACUAUCUUGGGAAAUCUCUUCUGCAGAGAUCCUAACUCCCUUCCUUCCUUCCAUCCACAAAAAUCUCCACUAAUAUGAUGUUGCUCCUUUCUGACAGCGUGUGCACAAGAGGCUAGCUGCUCAUGCCUGUGGAACAUUUGUUGAAGCUGAAGGAAUCGAAUUUGAAAAAAGGCUUGGGACCAUUCUCCCAAUUAUCGAGAAAGAAAUACAUCCUUCAGAUUUUAAAGAUGUAAGUCAUUAAUUGAGGCUGUUCCUGGUAGGCUGCCAGUUUGUAGAGUGAAAGUAAAUCUUCGGCCCCAUAAGUAUAUUGAUGGUCUCUCUAUCCUUUCCCCACCUACCCAGUGGUGCAGUGAAAUAAAUUUUUAAGAUUCUUUCAAAUCAUUUUUAUAACUAAAACCAUUAUAUGUGAAAAACCUAUACAUUUUCAUAUCCUGAUUUUCAUAACAAGAUUGAUAUACCAAUAAAUGUUUCAACUUCAAAACAAGGAGAAAAAACAUUAACACUUGAAUAACAAGGUGUCUUUGCAGUAUUUUACAAAUUCAUUUUAUUUUGACUAUUCCACCACUAGGUGGUAUUCAAGAUUUGCUUUGUAGUAGCUUUGGUUACACAAAUAAAAAACAAAAAUAGUUCCAACUCAGAGCAGGCCCAUUGGAAUUAAUGGACCUAACUUAGUACUGCUUAUUAAUUUCACUGGGUCUGCUCUUAGUAAAACACAGUUGAAUAUCACAGUCUAUUUCAAUGUUGUAAAAUUAGGCAGUUGACUGUUUGCAAAGUCAAAAAGAGCAAGUGUUGUUUGGUUGCGUUUUAGAUUUAGCCACAAUUAUUUAAAUUGAAGCCUCUUCACUGUUUGUACACUGAUGGCUUUUCAGAGUGUCAUUCUUUCACUGUCCAUUUUUGAAGGUUGCAGAAGAGACUGAAGAAAAGGCUGCCGACAGACUGCUGUUCAGCUUCCUAACUUUGAUCAGCAAACUAAUCAAGGAAUGCAAUAUAAUUGAACUAAAUAAACACAAUGAGAUUCUGAGCAACAUUUGGGGUUAGUAGUUCUGUCAUAUUAUAUUGCUCUUGAAACCUUUGGCACUUGAUGGAUCUGUAAUGCCUAGGGCGCUACUCACAUGAAGAAAAUGAGUUGUGUACAAUGGCUUUUUAGUUUGUAUUCCUAACGUCUGUUGUCUAACCUCUAGGUUACAUUUCUGCAGUGUGUUAUAUGUAGGGCUGCCUCUGAAGACAGUUCAGAAACAUCAGCUGGUGCAGAAUUUGAUAGCCAGGUUGCUCACUGGGGCAAGACAGUUUGAGUAUAUCACACUGAUUCUGGCUCGACUGCUCUGGCUGCCAGUUAGUUUCCAGGCUCAAUUCAGAGUGUGGAUUUUGACGUAUAAAUCCUUAAACAGCUGAGAACAGCAGUACUUCAAGGGCCAUCAGCCCCCAUAUGAACAGACCGAGGCCCUUAUUCAUGUGCCUCCUCCCCGAGAGGUCUGGAGAGUAGCAACACAGGAAUGGGCCUUUUCUGCAGUGGCUCCUCAUUUGUGGAACGCUCUCCCCCGGGAGGCUCACCUGGCACCUUCUAGGUUCAUCUCUAGGUGCCAGGCAAAAACAUUCCUCUUCAACCAGGCCUUUGAAAUGUGUUUGUGGGAGGGGAGGGUUAUUAGUUUGUGGGUUUUUUGUAUUUUGAACUGCCCUGCAAUCUUGGGAUGAAAGGCAAUAUACUGAUUGAUUGAUUGAUUGAUUGAUUGAUUGAAUAAAUAAUAUUCCUCUGUGUAUGAAUAGGUACAGUUUAAGCCUAUUUCUCUCUAUUUCUGAAGGUCAUGUGCAGUCUCAUUUAUGGUACCCUCACAGUUGGGUGUGGUCGACGUCUUCUCAGAUUUUUGGCUUGCUGUUUGCUGGUCACAAGCCAGAGGAACUUGUUAACAAAUGGAGUAAAAGAAAGCUGGAAAAGAGUCAAGAAAGUACUACAGAUCCACCGGCAACUACCUUCUUAACAGAAGAACUAGACAAAAAGGUUAACAUUGCCCUCCUAAAUUGCCUUUAUUGCAUUGAUACACAUUUCAGUUUGCCGUUAGAUGGCAGAAACAAAAAUGAACAUUAGUUUCAAUGUCAUGAUAGAGCUUCACAUGAUUGUGUCUCUUUUUGUCUCUUAAUAUACUUCUUAGGGAGAGCAGCCCUUUCAUGCUUCACUGUGUUUCAGAAUGAUUAACUUUUCUUUACUUUUACAGAUGAAAACACUUGCUUUAGCAUUCUGCCAUCAGUUGAAGUCCAGAUUUUUAGAUCCAUGUCUUGGAGAACAGGUAACUAUGUAAGGUUUUUGGUAGAUCCCCCCCCCCCCCCCAUUUUGGGAUACGUGUGUUGAAAUAGCACACAAUUGAAAGAGGCAGCUAAAGACAUUCUGGUGCCUGGAGCAUAAAAUCGAAUUGUUUUGGAACAAAUUGAGAGAAAUGGUUUUGCUUAUCAUAAUGCACUUCAAGAUUUGUAACUAACAACACAAAUGAUAUCUGAACAUCCUGUCUUCUAAUUUGCCCUGCUUGUCCCUCAGUGGGCAAAUACAACCAGAUUCUAAUCUAGAGAAUGGGGUGUAGGUGUCAGCGAACACACUUAGAAAUUCUUACUGAAUUUCAGUGGAGUUACACUGACAGCAGAAGACAGAGGUUUUCAACCUUUUUGAGUCCACAGCUUCCUUGACCAACUCCAUUCUUUCUGUGGCACCCCUGUGGGGCUCAGGAGCCCAGUUAUGUCACCCCUUGCCUGCAGGGCUGGCAGCCUCUCACCCUUUUUUGAACAGCCUCCCUUGUGGACUGUUCCCUCAGCCUCCUCUCCCCUCUUCUUGGGAGUCCUCCAGGCAGCCCCUGCCCCUGCCCCAAAGAGAGGUGCCUGCUCACACUGCCCCACAGGGGCCUGGGAAGAGGAUGCCCCCAGUCUUAGUGGGCCAAAGGAGAUUGGCCAAAAGUGAACUUGCAGCCAGCACCUUACCUUGGGAGUCAGCAGUGGCAGCAUGCCAUGACUGGCGGAAUGUCACCUUGUGAUGUCAUGAAAGUGGGCCUUCCCUUCUUAAACCUGUACUGAAAACUAACUUGUUUAAUCAGGCUUUCCCUAACAUUACUGAACACACCGCUCGGUAUUUCUUGUGUUUUGCUUGGAUUUUUAUUGCAUUCUGAUACUACAUAUUUACUUUUUGUGAAUGGUUUUAAGAUUAUAAUUUGUGCAAAGCUUUUAAGGUACAUCAGUGCAGAGCAGCUGAAGCUAUAAUUAUGCAGACAUACUGUGCAUCUGAAGACCAAGUGGGGGCUACUGUUAUUCCAGUGAUUUAUUUCCACCAUGUAGAAUUGGGAUACUCUUCCAUUUGAAACUGACAGAUGCUUAAUUUGGGGGGGGAGGGUGAUGACUGAUGCCUACCAUAUAAAUGAAUGUGCCUCUCUUUCAUUGGAACGGCUCUUCUUGGUGCUCUUUUCCUAUUUUGUGUGUGCAUUCUUGGCUGUAGUAAUUACAAUAUUUUUUUAAAGAUCAAGUGCCAUGGUGGCUCUAUAUUAGUUAGGGCCACCAGGGUGUUGAACCCUAGGCUUUUGGGGGGCCACACAUGAAGGGAUUUUCAAACACCUGUUAAGUAGUCCACAGUUACAUAGCUGUUGUAUGACCCAAGUGGAAAAAGUUUGAUAGGCCUGAUUUUAAAAACCUUUUUUUUAAAAAUAGUCUUUGGAUAACUUUGUAUUUUAUAUCUGUGCUUUAUAUUUAAGGUUGUGAAGAAUCUACUGUUUGUAGCCAAAGUACUGUACCUUAUGGCUCCUCCAGAAGAUGGCAAAGAAAUCAGCGACGAGGUGGGCCAGGAAGCUGAGGAUCAAGAAGACUCUGGAGAAGAUGUUGAAAACGAGACUUCAACCAUGGAGGCAAAAGACGACAAAGAGAAAAGCAGCCCAGCCACACUGCUAUGGGUAAUGAAAAGACUCUUGGCGUUGGCCUCACGUGAAGCUGCAUAUUCACCCAAGGACCCUUUAAAGGUUUGUAUGUUUUUCAGCGAGAACAAUUUUACUUUCACAGAUAAUGCCUUUCAGUUUGACAAUAGUUUCAGGAUUUCAGAUAGACAAGUGCAAAGGUGUCAGUGCAAAUGGUACAAAAAUGCAACCUGUAGAUCCAUCACAGCUUAAAUGAAGUAGGGCUAUGAAACUGCAAGCAGAUCCUUUGUUAGACCUAAACAUGAAAACCAGGAGCAGAGAUUAUUUUCUUUUUAAAAAACCAAAUGCCAAUGGUCUUUAGAGUUGUGUAACACAUAAUAGGCUCUGAAACCUAUUUUCCGAGUUGCUGGAAAAAGCAAGUCACUAGUAAUUAGGUCCUUAAAGUAUUUGUUUUCCUUUGCAAACUGGUCAUGUGACCAAAUGUAUUUGUAUUUUCAGAGAACCUGUAUCUUUAAAUUCCUUGGUGCCAUUGCAGUAGAUCUUGGGAAAGACAGGGUGAAACCAUACCUUCCUACAAUCAUAGCCCCUCUAUAUCGAGAACUCAGCAGUACCUAUGCAGAUCAAGGUAAGAGAGUUGUCAGAGUCAGCUGUUCAGUGAGACUGUCCACACCCCCUUUAAGUAGGUGGUCUUCCUGUACCAAAAGGUCAGUUGUCUUGCAUCAUCAUAAUUACACAGCACAAGAAAAAGGAACAGAAAGUGUUGGCAUCCAUGACGGAUGCUUUAGAUCAGGGGUGGGAAACCACUUGGUCCCAUGAGACAGAUUGUCCCAAACUGCACCUGCCCACCAUCAUGUGCUGGUGAGAGCAAGCCUGCUGGGGUUGGCUGUGCUACUGAGUUUCCCAUGGGAGUCACAGUAGUACAGCCAACCCCUUGCCUAAAGCGCGACAUGGGGGAUUCCAAGCCCAACAGAUUGGGAGUGGGGGUCACACAGCUGAUCCCUGCAGAAAGCAGGCUUGGAGUCAAGUCUUGCUUGGUUUGGCUUUUCUUUUAUAGCAUGGCUUGCCAGUUCCCCACCCCUGCUUUAGGGACUUAAGAUGGCGUUUCAACUGUGCAGUGUUUUUGUCCUACGCUUACUUGAAUGGCCGUUUCUGAAUGGUGGAGUGGGCAUGUGGUCCUUAUUUUUCUUUGGCACAGUUGGAAGCUUUAGCUUCCAUUUAAAUUAGUUGCAAUUUGCUGUGCCGACUGAACCCUGACAAACAGCUGCUAACUUUAACUAAGGUUUCUCCAUUCAAACCAGCUUGUUUCAACUAACCAUUUAACUGUGGGUUUGGAUGACAUGUUAAUCUAAAAGCAGAUGCUUCCAGUGUCCCAACAGGAGGGGUGACUUGCACAUGCCUAUGUAUUGUUGGAAUCAACAUGUGCACACAAGAGAGAAUGGGGCAUUAUAUAUAGACCUUCUGUAGCACUUGAAGACACUUCUGAGUAUUCAAAAUCAUGUUAUCUUUCCUAGAUCCAACUCUGAAGAAUCUUUCCCAGGAAAUCAUAGAGCUUUUGAAGAAAUUGGUUGGGUUGGAAACCUUUUCACUCGCGUUUGCUUCUGUGCAAAAGCAAGCCAGUCAGAAGAGAGCUAUCCGGAAGAAACAGAGAGCCUUGGAGGUUAGUGUCUGACUUUAGUUUUACUUGCAUUUGCUUUAAAAUGUCCAGCUUAUCCAAUGGCAGGGAAACUUUUAUUGAAACCAGGCAACUUCAGAAUGUAUAGGGGAAACGUGAACAUGAUGACUUUUAUUUGUUUUCUGAUUAGGCUGUUGCUAAUCCUGACAUUGCUGCCAAGAAGAAGUUGAAGAGACACAAGAAUAAAAUUGAAGCAAAGAAGAGAAAAAUAGAAUUUCUGCGGCCUGGUUACAAAGCAAAAAGACCAAGAAGCCAUGCAUUAAAAGACUUGGCGAUGGUGGAGUGAAACACUAUCACAUUACUCCCAUUAUAAAUUUUCCAUGCUGUACAGAACAUGAGACAACAACUGCAGCAGCAGGUGCUCUUCCCUGCCAGACUCAUUUAGAGGAUGUUUCAACAUAAAAUAGUAUAUACUAAGAACCACAGCAGGGAAGAACAACCUCUUGCAGAGACAAAAAAACCAGCUCUCUUAUGGAUUACUAAUUAUUUAUUUGUAAUUUUAAUCUAUACAUAACCUAUUCAACUGAUGCCUUAAAAUUUCUCUCCAAAUGUUUCUUUAAGAGGAUACAUUAUUAAGGCUGAGCCUUUCAGGGCUCUAUAGUUCACUGUAGAGUGAUGUACAGUUUGUGGUAAUACAGUGUUUUUUUCUAAUGAAAUGUGUUCAAUGAGCCUUUGAAAUAUUUUCUCCUGUGUGUGAUUAACUUGAGCUGGGUGAUUUGAACCCUUGUUCAAUCCUCCUCGUGGAGAUGCAUUUUUACGUGUUGGUAUCAUGACAAAGUGCUGCUACUCUUUCCAUUGGCCCUGUAGUGGGAGGCCUAUGCUUUUCAACCCUUGCGUUGCUUGCUAUGGAGAAAUGUAGCUUUAAAAAAAACCAACUGAACAAUUGCUGAAGGAGAUACAGUGGUACCUCAGGUUACAGACGCUUCAGGUUACAGACUCUGCUAACCCAGAAAUAGUACCUUCGGCUAAGAACUUUGCUUUAGGAUGAGAACAGAAAUUGUGUGACAGCGGUGUGGCAGCAGCAGGAGGUCCCAUUAGCUAAAGUGGUACCUCAAGUUAAGAACAAUUUCAGGUUAAGAACAGGCCUCCAGAACGAAUUAAGCUCUUAACCCGAUGUACCACUGUACAGUACCCAACAAGGUGACUCAUACCAUGGCAUGUGGUAACAUCCAUCUUUCUCCUUGUUUUCUACAGUCUUCAUUUAAAAAACUCAAAUUAGGUUUUUAAAAAGCCACCUGGUUGUCAAGUACAGUGAUUCCUUCUGUAGCUUUCUGCUAGCAAUUUAUAGGAAAGUCUCCAGAUCUAAAGUGAACCACUGGCUUAGGGGCUUUCCACUGGCCUCACUUAAAAUAUUUCAGGAUACAUAGCUUCCCUACAAUCACAACUGAGUCCAUGCAGCCCUCCAUACAUUAAAUAAGCAUAUUCAAAUACCUGCAGAACUUCCUGGUUAACUUCUCUCC